ACAACUUCGGCGGCGAGGGUGUGCUAAAUGGGGCUGCCUGACUCACGGGCCGCAAGCAUAUUAUAAUCCUCUCGCUUUAUUAUGCUCGCAGUCCACUAGUCAGAGGCACUUGUCGAAUAUUCACGACCCCGUCUUGACUCUGCAGUUGUGCUCUAGUCCUUCAUAGUCAUCCAGUGUUUGGUGCACCAUCAGUGUAUCUUUUGUGUUAAACUUCGACCACCACCGCAAUAAUGUCUCAGCAGCAGCACGUGGUGAAGCAGAGCACCUCGACGCAGCAAUCCAGCAGCAGCGUCAGCAUGCAGCAGUCGAGAGUGCAGCAGCAGACACAAGUGCAGACCCACACCGUCCGCGAAGUCCAGCAGGGCGUCCAGCGGGUCCAGGGCCCCACACAGAUUGUGCCCGUGGGUCUGCCAGCGGGCGCGUCCCCACCAGUGUUCGAGCAGAUCUUCCGCAAUGCUCGGUUUGCCCAGGGCGGUGACGCCAUGUUCGAGGGCAAAGUCACGGGCAAUCCCAAACCCACAGUCACCUGGACGCGUAAAGGCGCACAGAUCGCCCAUGGUCAGAAAUACCAGGUGACCCACGACGAAACGACAGGUGUAGUAACCCUGCUGAUUACCGCUAUUGGUCCUGGCGAUGAGGGCGAGUAUACCUGCACAGCCGCCAACCAGUUCGGCGAGGCCAUCUGUACCGUAUACAUCCAGCCGGAGGCCGCCUUCAUGAUGCAGCAGCAGCGUCAGCAGCAACAGUCCAUGCAGAUGUCACAGAGCAAGACCAUGAUGCAGCAACAACAUAUGUCGCAACAAUCAAUUUCUCAGCAGCAGCAGCAACAUAUGAUGUCGGUGCAAAAUGGUCUUACCGAAUCCUUCCGCGUGGACACCUUCGAGUACCGGCUGCUUCACGAGGUGGAGUUCCGUCAGACACUGAGCGUGCGGAUGACGGGAGAGGCUGAGGUAGAGGUCGGGGCCAUCCAGGGUCCUCCUCAGGCACCUCAGCUUCAACAAAAACCUCGCUCCACUAAGGUCUCAGAUGGAGGCAACGCCACCUUCACCGUCAGCGUUAACGGCUACCCGACCCCCAGGGUUAUUUGGUUCAAGAAUGGGACACGUAUUCAGGCGAGUGAUAAAUUCCUGAUGACCCAGUCUGCCGGACAAGUGACCCUGGUGGUAAAGCAGGUCAACGCCAACGACAACGGUUACUACACCAUGUUGGCCGAGAACAACUCGGGCUGCACCGUGGCCUCGGCCCAGCUGGCCGUUGUGCCCCGCGGGGAGAUCACUAAUGGCGUCCCUGUACCUGAGAUCAUCCGCCCUGAAAGGAUUGAGCAGCAGCAGGCUCCCAGCAUGGCGGCGGAACCAGAUACAGGAGACGACAGCAGCAAAACUAUGGAGCCCAAGUUCGUCCGUGGCCCCACUGACCGCGAGGUGCAGGAGGGCAGAAUGGUGCGCUUUGACGCCCGUGUCACUGGCAGACCUUACCCAGAGGUGUUUUGGUACAUCAACGGUGUCUUGGUCGUGGACGAUAAUACCCACAAGGUGUUGGUGAACGAGGCAGGCAACCACUCCCUCAUGAUCAACAAGGUCUCCCUCAAGGACGCCGGUAUCCUCACUUGUGUCGCCAGGAACAAGUCCGGCGAGGCCACAUUCCAGUGUCAACUGAGUGUGCUAGAGAUGCAGCAGAUGGUGGCCCCCAAGUUCGUGGAAAGGUUCCAGCAAUGUUCGGUGUCGGAGGGUGAGACUGUGGUGCUGCAGUGCCGCGCCGUGGGCACCCCCAUGCCCGUCCUCUCCUGGCAAAAGGACGGCGUCACUGUUGAGAAUACACAGAACGUCAUGGUUCAGUUCGACCAGAACGGAGCGUCAUGCCUACAGGUCUUGAGUGCUGGCGCCGCCGACGCUGGUUGGUAUCAGUGCAAUGCCCAGAAUUCGGCCGGUUCCACAGCGACCCGCGCCCGCCUGCACGUCAAGACCGCCAAGGCCCCUGGGCCAAGUGCACCACUGCGACCUCAUUUCCCUAAACCUACAAAGAUUAUCGAACCCGAACCAGAACCGGAGCCCGAACUGAUCAUCCUGCGCCCCGUGGAGCGUGCCCACCAUGUGCCUAAGGCCCCUGAGGAGGAGCAGCCCACCGAACCCCCCAAGUUUACACAUCCCCUGAGGGAUAUCGAUAUCGUCGAAGGCACCCGUGCCCAUUUCGAAGCUAAGGUGAUACCCGUCGGUGACGCCACCAUGAACGUCGAGUGGCUCAUUGACGGCAGACCUCUUUCUGCCAGUUCUCGAGCGACCGUCACUUACCGAUUCGGCUUCGUAGCUCUAGACCUCCUGAAUGUGAUCAAGGCUGACGCGGGUGUGUACACCUGCCGCGCCACCAACGUCAAGGGCCAAGCCGAGACCUCUGCCAACCUUAGGGUGACGGAGCGGCCCUUGAUCGAGAGCCAGACACAACACCCCGAAGCUAUGCAGCAGAUCAGCUACCUGGAGGACCAGUCCCGCUACCAGCGUACGGUCUCCAUUGAUGAAUCUACCACCAUUAAGCCUACUUUCGUCAAGCCUCUGUGCAACCUGGGGGAAGUGAUCGAGGGCAAGUAUGCCCACUUCGAGGCCCAACUGCAUCCCGUCAGCGACCCCUUCAUGAAGAUCGAGUGGUUCAAGGACGGCAAACAUAUUACUGCUAGUUCCCGCAUCAACGUGAUCUACAACUUCGGCUAUGUCGCCCUCAACAUCAUGCAGCUGCGAGAGGAGGACAGUGGCACCUACACCGUCCGCGCCACCAAUAAAGCCGGCGAGUGCUCCUGUCAGGCCUCCAUCAAGGUUAUCACACUGUCCAGCGUGACGGGUGACCUCGGCAUCCCAGAACAAGCCCAACACAUCAAGAGUGUGGAGGAGAUGGAGGCUUACAGGCUACAGAUGCUACAGAAGACUAGCGCUGAGAUGGCCGAGGCAGUCACAGCCCCGGUGUUUAAGACACAACUCAAGGACUCGACAGCCCGGGAGGGUGGCUAUGCCCACUUCGAGGCCCGCCUGGAACCUGUCGGUGACCCCGCACUGAAGGUGGAGUGGCUCAAGGAUGGACGCCCCAUGGAAGCCAGUUCCCGCGUUACUUCCUUCUUCAACUUCGGCUAUGUUGCCCUUACUGUGAAGGCGCUCAUUGUGAAGGAUGCAGGAACGUACAUCUGCCGUGCCUACAACGCCAAGGGUGAAGCUCAAGUGUCUUGCCAGCUCACUGUCAUCUCCAAGACGGACCAGGAGGGAGAAAGUCAAUAUGAAGACACUGUGAUGAAGAUGCAGUACCUGGAGGAUUCCUCUCGCUACCAGAGGACUGAAACUGAGGACGUCUCGGCUGUGUCAAUACCCCCCAAGUUCCUCGGUCCCCUCAAGGGAACUAACAAGAUUCUAGAGGGUCAAAAAGCUCACUUCGAGAUUCGUCUUGAACCACAGAGUGAUCCCACCAUGACAGUUGAGUGGUACUUCAACGGACAAGUAAUCAUGUCAGCAUCUCGCAUCAAGACUUACCAUGACUUUGGCUACGUAUCUCUGGAUAUUUCUGAUGUCCGACAGUCAGACGCCGGACAGUACACUGUAGUUGCACGCAACUCUCUUGGUCAGGCUCAGAUGUCUACCGUCAUGAACGUCGAGACUCGAUCAGCCAUCGACACCACCUCGAUGCAUGAGGUAAGUCUGAGCAAGACAGCUGCCCUGGAGCACCGCCACCGCGAGCCUCAGUAUGAUAUUGAGGAGCUGACAAAGUCUAAGCCUGAAUUUACUCAGCUGCUCCAGGACCCCAAGCCCCUGCCAGAGGGUAAGAACGUUCACCUUGAGGCUCGACUUGAGCCUAUGAACGAUCCAACCAUGAAAGUAGAAUGGUUCUUCAAUGGAAAGCCUAUUACCAUCGGCUCUCGCUUCAAGACUUACUUCGACUUUGGUUUUGUUGCUUUGGAUAUUCUCGGAGCAUACACCACAGACUCGGGAGAAUAUACUUGCCGGGCUGAGAAUUAUCUUGGCAGUGCCCAUACUUCAGCGUGUGUCCACAUUCAGAGCACUAGUGACAUUCAGACUGACACCAUGCACGACAGUGCCAUGGAGCAGAUUCACUACCUGGAAGACGCCUCUCGAAACCAACGAACAGCCGCAGAAGAGGCUGAAAUUAAUAAGGAACCGAGCUUCGUCAAGUCACUGAAGAACAUCGAGACAGUUGAGGGCACCAACAUUCACCUGGAAGCUCGCCUUCAGCCAGUAGGUGACUCAUCAAUGAGGGUCGAGUGGUUCUUCAAUGAUCAGUCACUCAAAGUAGGACAUCGUUUCAGACCUGCAUAUGACUUCGACUAUGUAGCUCUGGACCUACUGAGUGUAUAUCCCAUCGACUCUGGUAUCUACACCUGCAAGGCCACCAACCGUCUCGGUCAGGCUGUCACUUCAGCUUCGGUCAAAGUUACUGCCAAGAAGGACCUAGUGUUCGACUCUGAACACCCAGAGAGCCUACAGAAACUUCAGUAUCUGGACGACAGUUCACGCUAUCAGAGACGAGAGACAAUGGAAGAAGUUUCUGUCAAGAUUAUGCCUCGCUUUCUGACCAAGUUGAAGGAUGUAACUCUGAGGGAAGGCAUGCAUGCCCACUUUGAAGCUAAGAUCGAACCAAUUACGGACCCCAACCUUCACAUCGACUGGUAUAAAAACGGACAACCUAUCCAGAUGGGAUCACGAUUCCGUCUGAUCCACGACUUCGGUUACGUGGCUCUAGAUAUAUCUGAUCUCAUUGAGGAGGACUCUGGUGUUUACACUUGCGUGGCUACAAACCUGAUGGGCAAAGAUGAGAUCUCAGCUAACCUGAAGUGCAUCAAUUCGUCUAACAUCGUGCUGGAGUCACAGAACCAGACCAUGACUAUGGAGCAGCUGCAGAUGCUAGAGGACCGUAGCCGCUACUCCCGCACUGAGCAGGUGGAGGAGACCACCAAACAGGCCCCAGUGUUCACCACCUCCCUAAAGAACAUCGAGAUCUUGGAGGGUCAACGCGCUCACUUUGAAGUGCGUCUCAUCCCUAUCUCCGACCCCACCAUGAAGGUGGAGUGGUUCCACAACAACACCCCCGUCAAGAGUGGUUCCCGUUUCACCGAGUAUAAUGACUUCGGCUUUGUGGCUCUUGACAUCAUGUAUUCCUAUGCUGAAGACUCUGGCACAUACACCUGCCGUGCCACCAAUAUUAUCGGUCAGGCAGUUUCCACAUGUACUCUGGUGUGCCACACUAAGGAGUCCAUCCUGAUGGAUACAAUGAACCAGGACGCCAUGAACAAAAUCUCACGGCUGGAGUCAUCAUCUCGCUCCCAGCGUACUAUCACCACCGAGGAGACCACCAUGCAGGCUCCUGUCUUCACCUCACCCAUCAAGGACCAGAAGCUCAUCGAGAAUGCACCACUGCACUUUGAAGCUCGCCUCAUCCCCGUGGGUGACCCAGAUCUUAAGGUGGAAUGGUUCAAGAACAAUAUUCCUAUCCAACAGGCCAACCGCAUCUCCACCAUGCAUGACUUUGGUUACGUUGCUCUGGAUAUGAAGUACGUCAACCCUGAGGACUCCGGCACCUACACUUGCCGUGCCACCAACCGCCUGGGGCAGGCUGUUACAACUGCCACCCUCAUGGUGACAUCCAAGGAGUCCCUCAUGCUGGAGUCUCAGCACACUGAGGCCCUGGAGAAACUGCGUUACUUGGAGGACUCCUCCCGCUAUACCAAGUCCUCCACUGAGGAGACUGUCAUCACACAGGCACCUAAGUUCGUGGUGAAGCUGUCUGGACUGACAGAGCUGUGGGAGGGUCAGAGUGCCCACGUUGAGUGCCGCCUGGAGCCUUACCCAGACCCAAGCAUGAAGGUGGAGUGGUUCCACAACGGCAAGUCUCUCCAGGUUGGACACAGAUUCAGGACAAUGUAUGACUUCGGGUUCUGCGCCAUGGACAUCCUGCAGGCAGUGGCCGAAGACUCUGGCACUUAUGAAGUCAGGGCCACGAACCGCAUCGGCACUGCCUCCUCCUCCAUCACAAUCCAGGUCAAACCCAAGAGCGACUUCAUCAUUGAAUCUCAACACCCGGAGGCCAUGGCCCAGAUCAGCCGCUUGGAGCAGAAGGCUCCAACCAAGCGUCCCGAAGACGCGGUGAUGAUCGAGAAGCCCAACUUCGGGCGAUCCCUGAGGAACCAGGACCAUCUGAUGGAGGGACAGGCAAUCCACUUGGAGGCUACACUUACCCCCGUCAACGACCCCACCAUGAAGGUCGAGUGGUUCUUCAAUGGACAACCAAUUCCAUCAGGCCAUCGUUUCCGCACAACUUACGACUUUGGUUUCGUGGCUCUGGACAUCCUUUAUGCUUACCCAGAAGACUCAGGAACCUACAUGUGCAAGGCGACCAACGCUGCGGGUCAGGCCGUCACUUCAUGCAGCAUCGGGGUGGAGGGUACGACUGGCAUGCAGACAGAGACCCUGGAUGAAGAGCGCCUCCGUAAGAUUCGUCAACUGGAGGCGAUGGGCCAGCGUACUGAGGAGGCCAAGGAACAGGUGUUCCAGAAGCCAGUCUUUACCACCCCGCUCAUCAAUGUGGACAACUUGGUGGAGGGUGAGAGGUGCCACUUGGAGUGUCGUCUGGAACCCAUCAACGAUCCCAACCUGAAGGUGGAGUGGUUCGUGAACGGCGUCGAGAUCAAGGCUGGUCACCGCUUCCGCACCACACACGACUUCGGAUACGUCGCCCUGGACAUCCUCUACACAUAUGCUGAGGACUCCGGCACCUACCUAUGCAAGGCCACCAACAAGUUAGGCGAGGCUGUCAACUCCUGCAACGUCAAGGUCUCAGCUCGUCGCUCCAUCUACCUGGACACACAGCAUCCCACAGGCUGGGAGAAGAUCCAGAACUUGGAACAGCGCGGCCGCUACGAGCGCAUCGAAGUCUCGGAUGUGCCCAUGCAGGCUCCCAGGUUCACUUCAGAACUCAGGGGUAACACUCUGUUGUCUGAGGGACAGCAUGUACACUUGGAGGGUCGUAUUGAACCCGUGCACGACCCCAGCAUGCGCGUUGAAUGGUACCAUGAUGGCAAGGCCUUGCAGUCCGCUGCACGCUUCCAUACUACCUUUGACUUUGGCUAUGUGGCUUUGGAUAUCACCACCGUGUACGCCGAGGACUCUGGCGAGUACACCUGCCGCGCCUUCAACCACAUGGGUGAGGCAACUUCAUCCAUUACCUUCAAGGUGGAGGGCAAGGAGGGCGUAAUCUAUGAGUCUGCCCGCCCUGAGGGUCUUGAGAAGAUCCGUCAAUUGGAGGACAGCACCCGUCUGGGCCGCCAGGUUUCAGAGGAAACCCGCACCUUCCAGCGCCCUGUCUUCACUCAACCUCUACAGAACUUGGACAACCUUGUGGAGGGCGAGACAGCCCACUUCGAGUGUCGCCUGAUUCCUGUCGGCGAUCCCAACCUCAAGGUGGAAUGGUUCAGGAAUGAGAAACCUAUUGAAACCAGCUCCCGCAUCAACCGCACCCACGACUUCGGGUAUGUGGCUCUGGACAUCACUGGUGUGCGUCCUGACGAUGAGGGAAUAUACAUGUGUCGUGCCUACAACGACCUGGGUGAGGCGGUUACCACUGCCUCCAUCAAGAUCAAGUCUCAUGCCACCAUUCAGCUGGAAACCCAGCAUCCAGAAGGCAUGCGGAAGAUCCAAGCCCUGGAAGAACGCAAGCCAGCCGCUCGUGAUGAUGCUGGAGAAAAGGUGUACGACAAACCUGUGUUUACCACUGCAUUGACUGGACCUUCCCAAGUCAUGGAAGGUCAGACUGCCCACUACGAGUGCCGUGUUGUACCCGUUGGUGACUCCAACAUGAGGUACGAGUGGUACUGCAACGGUGUCGAACUCAAGAUGGGCUCAAGGUUCACCACCACCCAUGACUUCGGUUACGUCACAUUGGACAUUCUCCAGUGUGUGUCUGAGGACUCUGGCGUAUACAUGUGUAAGGCCAUCAAUAAGGCUGGCGAGGCUGUGAGUUCCUGCUCCACCAGGGUCAUAGCGAGGGACAGUAUCCUGGGCGACGCUCUGCACCCCGGCUGGGAGACAAUCCGACUGCGCGAGACCCAGUGGAACCGCGUGCCCGAGACCCCAACCUCCCCCGAGCAGCAGGAGCCGCCUAUGUUUACCAAGCACCUGGAGAGCUACGAGCGCUUACAGGAGGCUGGCAACGUGCGUCUCGAGGGCCAGGUACAGCCAGCUCAUGACCCUAACCUCAGCAUCGAGUGGUUCAAGAAUGGAAUCCAACUGGCCACUGGCACACGUGUCCGUAGUACGUUUGACUUCGGUCAUGUGACUCUGGAGAUCUCUGGACUCCGUGAGAACGAUUCUGGCAUCUACACCUGUAAGGCCGUCAACCGUGUGGGCGAGGCCGUCUCCACUUGCAACGUGAAGGUCUUCGAUCGCGAUUGGCUUAUUGGUGAGUCUGUGCACCCUGAUGCUCUCUCCAAGAUCGCUAAGCUGGAAAAGCCAGCAGCUGGCCCUGGCUCCCCCGAAGAACCUACUUACGAUGUGCCAGUGUUCAUCUCCCACCUCAACAACGUAGAGUGUCGCGAGGGUGAUAAUGCUCACUUUGAGUGCAGGGUCGAACCUUCCAAAGACCCAACCAUGAAGAUUGAAUGGUUCAUCAAUGGGAAGCCCAUGCAGGCUGCAGCACGAUAUGCAGCUACUUACGACUUCGGAUUUGUGUCCCUGGACUGUACCCAUUGUUAUGCCGAGGACUCCGGUAUCUACAUGUGCCGCGCCACCAAUUCAAAGGGCUCCGCCUCCACCACCGGCACACUUAAGUGUCUCAGCAAGGCCAACCUCUACUUCGACACCCAGCAUCCGCAGGGCAGAGCUGGCCUCGAGAAGGUGGAGGAGGCUGAGCGUGCCUACUGGGCCAAGUACCAGAGGCAGAUGUCUGAACGGGAUGUCACCUACCCGAAGCCCUUCUUUGUUAGGCCUCUGCAGACCAAUUUCUCUCUCAGUGAGAACCAGGCUCUGCAUAUGGAGGCAAACGUGGAGCCCAAGCAAGACCCAGACCUUAAGAUUGAAUGGUUCUUGAAUGGUAAGGUCUUAGAACAGGCUUCACGCUACAAAACCAGUUACGACUUCGGCCUAGUCACCCUUGACCUGAACGAUGCCUACGAGCGUGAUCAAGGCAUCUACACCUGCCGUGCCUACAACAAGGCUGGCGAGGCCUUCUGCACGUCUACAGUUGUGGUGGGUAGUAAGGAAGCACUCAUCGAGAGCACCCAACACCCAGCAGGCGAGGCUGGCCUUGAAGCCAUCCAGCUUAUGGAGGAGAAGAACUUGCGUCGUGCUGACCGCGAGCUGCCAGACGAAGAGGGUCACCCACCUGUCUUCACUGUACCUUUCAAGAAUCUGAGCAACCUGGAAGAGGGUGAGAUUGCUCACUUUGAGGCGAUGUUAACUCCUGUGGGCGACCAGUCCAUGAGGGUAGAAUGGUUCUUCAACGGUGAGCCUCUCAAGGCGUCCCACAGGGUCCGCACCGUCUAUGCUUUCGGAAUGGUUGUACUCGAGGUCUUAGGAACAAAGAUCGCUGAUAGUGGAGAAUACACUUGCCGUGCUCAUAACAAGUGGGGCAAGGCAGAAUGCUCAGUCACCUUGGAGUGUGUUGACCGUGCCCAUGGUCAGCCACCAAAAUUCACCACCCAAGUUCAGAGCCUGGAAGGCCUCAAGGAUGGUGAUUCUGCUCACUUUGAGUGUACUCUGAUCCCCAUUGGUGACCCCAACAUGAAGGUAGAAUGGUUCCAUAAUGGCCAGCCUCUGCGUAAUGCUACUCGUAUCAAGACCGUCAGUGACUUCGGCUUCGUGGUGCUAGAUAUUGCUUACCUACAGAACCAUGAUGCUGGAGAGUGGCUGUGUAAGGCCACCAACAAGUAUGGUCAAGACACAACUAAGGCACAUCUUAACUGCUUCGGCAUGGGAGGAGUUUACACCGACUCACUACAACCCGCUUCUCUUGAUAAGAUUGCUGCUCUGGAGGGCCACAAGACAUCACUUAGAGCUCCUACAACACCUUCAGCUGCUGAACCACCUAAGUUUAUCACCCAGAUCAGCAACAUCGACCGAAUGGUAGAAGGCCAGAGUGCUCACUUUGAGGCUCGUCUGAAGCCUGUGAACGAUCCCAACCUCGUUGUGGAAUGGUACAAAAAUGGUAAGAAAUUGCCUUCUGGACAUCGCUACAGGACCUUCCAUGACUUUGGAAUUGUCAUUCUUGACAUUCUCUACUGCUAUGAAGAAGAUUCAGGCGAGUAUGAGGCUCGGGCUGUCAACAAAUUGGGUGAGGAUAAGACCACGUCUAGCCUCAAGUGCAUGAGCAAGACAAACCUCAUUUUGACGCCCCAAGUGCCAAAGGGAAUGGAAGGAGGCUUGCAGAAGCUCCAAACAUUGGAGGAUUCAGCCUGGAUGCGUCGCGACUCUGUUACAUCUGAGAGGGUUGGCAUGGCGCCUAAGUUCACUGUUCCUCUAAGCAAUAUUGACAGCAUGAAGGAGGGUGAAAAUGCUCACUUUGAGGCCCGUCUGGUGCCUACAGAUGAUCCUCGUCUGAAGGUUGAAUGGUACUGGAAUGGCAAGCCCAUGAAGUACAGUUCUCGCAUCCGCCAGUUCUGUGACUUUGGCUUUGUUAUCAUGGAAAUAUCCCCUAUUUACCCUGAAGACUCUGGUGAGUAUAUGUGCCGAGCAUUCAACGACUAUGGUGAGGCCGUCACUAAGGCCACACUUAAGUGUGAAGGCAAGCGGUCCAUCAUUCUAGAAAGUCAACUGCCCAAGUCCAUGCAGAAGGGCAUGGAGAGGAUUGCUGAGCUGGAGGGUCUUAUGAUCAAGUCUCCUGAUUUGGGCACACCAUCUGAUGCUGGACAGCCACCCCAGUUCGUUACACAGCCUCAAGAUUCAAGUAUUCCAGAAAAUGGUUUGGCACACUUUGAGUGCCGCCUCUUGCCAGUUAAUGAUCCAAAUCUCCGUGUUGAUUGGUACCACAAUGGUCGCGCCCUGAGUGCUGGUUCCCGCAUCAAGACCAUCAAUGACUUUGGUUAUGUCAUCCUCGAAAUGGCUAACUGUUAUGGUAAGGAUGCUGGCACCUACACGUGCAGAGCCAUGAACAAGCAUGGAGAAGCAUCUGUUGAAUGCAAGUUAAAUGUGUCCACCAAGAGCGGUAUCGUCUUGGACCCACAGGCGACUGGCAAAUUCGGUAAUUUGACCGAGGCUAUUCAGAAAUUGGAGGAGAACAAGUACAAGAAGGAGGAUGUUGGUCAAGAGGAGGAAAAGGCUUUCCCUCCACGCUUCGUCACCAACCUCGAGGAUAUUAACGACUUAGUUGAAGGCCAGCCAGCUCACUUUGACUGUCGUGUGGAACCUGUUGGAGACUCUACCAUGCGAAUUGAAUGGUUCCAUAAUGGUAUGCCUCUUGCAGCUGGAUCUCGUGUACAUAUGAUGGAUGACUUCGGUUUUGUUGUGCUUGAUCUGGAAUGGACAUUCGCCCGUGACACAGGUGAGUACAUCUGCCGUGCCACCAACAAGUGGGGCCAGGCAACGACCAAAGCCAUGCUCAAUGUUCGCUUUAAGCAUGGCGUUGACCUCAGCACACAGCUACCACAAGGUAUGACUGCUGAAAAGUUGAAGGAGUUGGAACGUGGUCCUCUCACCGAGAAAUUCGAUGCCGAUGUUGAAAUGGUGCCUCCCAAGUUUACUGUUCCCAUCAAGAGCCAGAGCUUGCAGGAGGGUGAACGUGCCUUCUUUGAAGCCCGAGUUGAACCUCGCAAUGAUCCCAACCUUCACAUUGAGUGGUACUUCAAUGGCAAAGUUCUGCAGUCAGGUCAUCGCUUCAGAACAAGCUUUGAGAUGGGUCAUGUAACUCUGGAGUUGCUCCACACCUACGCUGAGGACUCCGGUGAAUAUGUUUGCCGUGCUUACAACAAGCUUGGUGAAGACUUCACAAGGGCAACACUAAAGUCCAAGGCAAGCCAGUCGGUGGUGCUAAUGUCGCAGGUUCCUAAGGGCAUGAAGAGUGGCCUGGACUUCGUCUCCCAGAUGGAGGAGACCCUCAAGAAGUACUGUAAGGAAGUCAUGCUCACACAGGAAGAUAUUUAUGAACCCGAGAAGAGACAACCUCCUCGCUUUGUGACACAAAUUAAGGAUGUAAAAGACCUUAAGGAAAUGGAAGAAACCAAAUUUGACUGCCAGUUGGCGCCUGUUGGUGAUCCCAACAUGAAGGUGGAAUGGUUCUUCAACGGUCGUCCACUGCCUUACAAGAACCGCUUCACUCCCAUUUACGACUUCGGCUACGUUGCUCUCAAUAUGAAUUGGAUAUUUGGCGAAGACUCUGGUGAAUACCUGUGUAGGGCAACCAACCUGUGGGGUAUGGACGAGACCAGGGCCACCCUGAAGGCUACCGGCCGUCCUGGCGUCAUCUAUGAGUCACAGAUCCCUAAGGGCAUGCAGUCCCUCGAGAAGAUCAGGGAACUAGAAGCUGCUUGGCAGAUUGCCCCCGAGUCCAUUGUUGAUGAGGACAAGCCGCGCACCAAACCCGAGGUGCUGAAGAAGCCGGAGAGCCUGAUGGUACAGGAAGGAGACUGGGCCCGCUUCAGCAUCCGUGUCUCGGGUCACCCAAGACCCAGAGUCAUGUGGAUCGUGAACGGUUCCACCGCCAUGAGUGGUAAUCGCUUCAAGAUCUGGUAUGACGGCAUGUACCAUCUGGACAUUCCCAAGACUCGUCAAUAUGACAACGGCAAGGUGGAGGUCAUCUGUCGCAACUCCCUUGGUGAGAGCUAUGCCUGCUGUGAGCUCAAGGUGAAUCCUCGACAGGACGAUUACCGCGCCGUCCUCAAGAACUCACCGAAACCCUGGUAUGACUAUGACCUCAAGAGUUACCAGAAGGAGCGCCAGGACACCGAACUUGAACGUGUCUUUGAGGAGAAAAUUGACUCUGAUUACUCGAUCCUUCAUGAGUCUAAAUUUGGAGAGUACAUGGCCAAACCACUUGACAAGUCUGAGGAGAUUGAGUGGCAGAAACUGGCCAGACAGAAGAAUGCUGGUGAGAAGAUCAAGCAGCUUGAGGACUCACAGAGGACGAAGGGACGUAGUAAGGAGGCGCACAUGUUUGCCUCCCCCGCCGAGUAUGCUGCCCAGCACUCCCUCGCCCGGGGCAUGGCUUCCCGCUACGAGGAACAGUUCGACUCAGAUGUUGUUGACUCGAAGAAGCCCGACGUUCCUAAGCCACCUAAGCGGGUGUUAAGGGACACCAAGGACGUGCGUCACGAUGAGGAAACACUGCUACAGCGUGAGGCGGAGCCUAGCGAGUCUGUCGUCCACGGCAAGGAGAUCCACACAUCCACACAAAAACAAACGCAGAAAGAGGUCCAGGGAGAUCUGGAGAUCCACCGUAAAAUUACAGCCACAGAGAAGACCGAGAUGGAGCACACAGGCAAGACCACGGAGCGUCUGGUCCAGGGUCAGCCUCAGAAGCCAGCUAAGCCUCCAUUCUUCACCAAGAAGAUCCAGCCAUGCCGAUCCUACGAGAGAGAGCCAGCCCGCUUCCAGGUCGAGUUUGAUGGUGAACCAAACCCCACUGUUCAGUGGUACCGUGAGGACUUCCUCAUCACCAGCUCUCCAGACUUCCAGAUUCACACUUUCGGUGAUAAGAGUAUUCUGAUAAUCCGUGAAGUGUUCAUGGAAGACUCUGGAGUGUUUGCCUGUGUAGCCGAAAACCGCGGAGGUCGCGCCAAGUGUUCUGCGAACUUGGUGGUGGCUGAGCGUAAAAUGAGCCGUGGAGGCGUAGUGCCACCCAGCUUCUCUCAGACCAUCCAGGACAUCCAAGGCAGUCCAGGUCAUCUAGUGCGACUUGAAGCCAAGAUCCAUGGCACACCACCUAUAGACACCUACUGGCUGAAGAAUGGCCGUAAGCUUGUCCAAGGCAUGCACUACAAGAUGAUGCUUGAGGAUGACAUGUAUACACUGCUGAUCACGGAAGCGGUGCCGGAGGAUAGCGCCUCAUACGAGUGUGUGGCCAUCAACAAGGCAGGUGAAGCCCGUUGCCAGGCCACUGUCGAAGUGGUGGGUCCUCGUCCCGCACAAACCCCAACCACGCCAGGAGGAGCGCCUCAGGCCCCAACAAUUGUACAGAAACUCAAGUCUCAAUCUGUGCAGGAGGGACAGGGCGCAUCCUUCGAGUGUGUCAUCACCUCCUCGCCCAAGCCCAAGAUUCAGUGGCUGAAGGGCAAACAGCCUAUUAAGCAGAGUAAAUACUUCACCAUGACAACUGAUGGUGACCGUUACUGUCUACGUAUUUCCGAGGCCUUCCCUGAGGACGAGGGCACCUACUACUUCGUCGCCACUAAUCCCUCCGGCAAGUGCACGGUGGAGGCGAAGCUCCAGGUAGUACAGCCUCAGCAGGCAGAAGUGGCCCCCUCUGUGGCCCCUCUUGAACCAGUGACGGUAUCUGAGAGAAGUGGCGUCCGCUUCAACACAGUGGUUGUGGGUAGUCCCAUGCCCAGCGUCCAGUGGUACCGUGAAGGCGCGCUUAUCCCUAACUCCCGGGACUUUGAGAUGUUCAUGGAGGGCAACACGGCCGUCCUAGAUAUCAAAGAGACGUAUCCUGAGGACACUGGCACCUUCACCUGCAGGGCCACCAACUCUGCGGGACAAGCCGAGACCUCCGCCAUGCUCACGGUUAAAAGUUCCUAUACAGAAGAGGAAGAUCAUAUCAGGGUCACUCGUCGGACUAAGGAGAGAGAGACACGAAGGCAUCGAUGGGUUUCACCUAGCCCUGCUAGGUGGCUUUCUCGUAGCCCAGCAAGACCCGACCGAGAUGGUAGUCGCCCUGGAAAGGAUGGAUUUUCAGGAUUUAGACAGAGAACUGAAGAGGAGCUUGAGAGGAAGAAGAGAGAAGCUGCACCAUGGUUAGUCGAGAAACAGAAGGAGGACAUUGGAUCAGCUGCAUUAAAACUCAAGAAAUCUGCUAGACUGCUGGAACCCAAGGAGCAGGAGAGGUGGACGAUACCCAAGGUAGAACUCAAGAAAUCUCAACCAAAGAUGUUUUUACCCGAGGAGACCAAGCUUCAACCGGUAGAACUCGCUCAUACAGAGAAACUUGGAAAACCUUUAGUGGAGGAUGGUAAAGAGGAGAGCCCCGAAUCUGAUUAUGAUGACUACGAAUAUGUAUAUGUUUCUGAUGGUGAAUAUGGCGAUUAUGGUGAGGAAGAGACGCCAGCACAGGAGCCAAGAAGCAGAGGAAAGGUUCAGAGGGAAAAGGAAAAAUAUCUGCGUAAGAGGCAAGAUGCUAAGGAACCAAAAGAACCAAAGGAGGGAAAGAAGCUAGUUUUACGGAGAAGAAGAUUGAAGCCUGAAGAAGACACUAGAGAAGAGGUUCAGCUGAAACCUGGCAAACGUAUACCAAAAGCACCUGAAGAAGGUGAGAAGCCUCAGCUGAAACCUUUACAGAGAAAGCCAAGACCAGAAGAUAGAAAAGAUGAAGAACCUGAAGCUCUCUCAUGGAGAGCGAAGAGGGUUCCUCUAAAAGAUGGGGAAAUGGAAGAUGUGACACUAAAGCCUUUCAAAACUGACCAAAUUGAACCAGAAAUACCGUAUGAACACGAAAUUUCCCCGUUAGAUGAGGCGUCAGAAGAUGUUCGAGAAUCUAAGAGUGAAAGAUUCCCUAAACCAGAAAGAUUAAAACCAAAAGUCAGUAAACGGCUUCCAAAAGAAAAGGAGGAGCCUGAAAAGUUCGUACUUCCGAAGGUACAACUCAAGAAAGCACCAAGAAUUCAGUUCGUCCCAGAGGAAUCCAAAUUUGAAAGUGUGGAUCUUGCACACGUAGAAAAGCCCAAGAAGACCAAGCCAGGAAAGGACCAACGUGAACAGAGUCCUCUCCCUGAAUAUGAAAGAUAUAGUCCCGAGGAACUAAUCAAUGGUGAACGAGUUUCGUUGGAUACAAUAGAAAAGCUAAAAUCAGAGGAAGAAGAAAGGCCAGAGCUGAUUGAGGAUUAUGAGACUUACCAACGUAAGCCCAAAGAACAGAUACCUGAAAUAGGAGAUGAUCGACCUAUGAAGCUUCGUAAAGGAAGGUGGAAACCAGAGGAGAAAGAAGAGGAGCAAAUUAGGCUGAAACCAGUAAAACGUUUACCUAAGCCAUCGGAAGAGGAACGUGAGCAGCCUCAUUUAAAACCAUUUGCGAAGAAAAGGCCAGAGCCAGAGGAGAAAACAAAGACACCUCUUAAACCUGGUAAAAUGCAAUCCAAAGACAUUCCAGAGCGUGAACCUGUAGAACUUAGACCAUAUGAGCGUUCUGAUGUAGAUAUUCCCGAUAAAGAUAUGGUACAGCUCGCGAAACCUCUUGAACAAAAACCAAGUACAGAGGAGGUUUCGUUCAAGGAACCAGAAGUUCCCGAAUCAGAAUAUGACAAUGAAAUUUCUCAGGACGAGUUAUCUAAGCCAAGAACAGUAAGAACUAAACCAGAGAAAAAAGAUGAAGUACCAGAAGCACUCCCAUGGAGAACCAAGAGAGUCCCGCGAAAAGACGACGAAAAAGAAGAGGUUGUGUUGAAGCCAUUCCACAAAGAUAAGCCUGAAGAAACCAGAUCAACAGCGGGAUUCAGACCAGGUAAACCAUACGAACCCCAAGUAUCUGAACCAGGGGAGACUCCUCUAGAACCUUACACAAAACCUGAGGAGAAGUUCUACGAUAGAUUUAAUGAAAAAGAAGAUAAAAUACGGGAUGAACGUGAAGAAAUGAUAGAUGAAACAACGAAAGAACAUUCCCCAAAAACACCAGAUUCCCAGGUAAGAAAAUCAAAACCCAGUAAAAGACUUCCGAGAGAAAAGCCUCAACAAGAAGAAUUCACAAUACCUAAAGUGGCAUUAAAGAAAACUGUUCCAAAGAAGUUUGUCCCUGAGGAAGAAAAGCUUGAAUCUGUAGAUCUUGAACACGUAGACAAGCCGAAGAAAGUUGAGCCCAAAAGGGAAAAGCGGGAAUGGAGUCCCCUGCCUGAUUAUGAAACCUACUCUCCAGAGGAGUUGCCAGACAAGGAACCUGUGGAACUUGAUAAACCUGACAAAUUUGAGCCCACUGAAAAGACAAAAGAUGUCAUGGAAGAAGAAACGGACAGAUAUCAGCGCCAGCCAAAGGAAAAGACAGAAACACAGGAAGACAGGAAGCUGAAACUUGGCAAAGGUCGCUGGCCGCCGGAGAAGGAAGAAGAACAGGUAAAGCUUAAGCCGGGAAAGCGCCUACCUAAACCACCAGGGGAGGAAAUGGAAAAACCACAUUUGAAGCCUACACCCAAGAAAAAGCUAGAAGAAGAGGAGAAAGAAAAAGUGGGUCGUAAGCCUGGUAAGAAACCAACCAAAGACAUCCCGGAACGUGAGCCGGUGGAGUUGGAACCAUUCGAACGAACUGAACCAGAGAUUCUCGAUAGAGAAAAGGUGCCACUCGAGAAACCUCUCAAGUCUAAACCUAAGCCUAAAGAGGUUCCCUUAGAGGAGACUGAAGCUUCAAAACCAGUGGAGGAGAAGCUAUCAGAAGAGGAAGAACUUAAACCCAAGAGGGACAGAAAGAAGCCAGAGAAGGAAGAGGAAGAACCUGAAGUCCCAUCAUGGCGGGGUAAGAGAUUACCUCCCAAGGAAGAGGAGAAAGAGGAGGUGGUGCUAAAACCCUUCAAGAAGGAGAAACCUUCAGAACCAAAACCAAAGCCAAAACACAAACCGGGUAAACCAUAUGAACCUGAGAUACCGGAACCGGAGAAGACUCCUCUUGAACCUUACAGUAAGCCAGAAAGGGAAAAGGUUCCUGACGAAGUUCCUGAGUCUAUGAAGCCGAAGGACGAGGAAAUACCUUCAACUGAAGAAGAACCAAAACCUAGGAAGGAGAGAACAAAGCCAGAUAAAGAUGAAGAGGCCGAGACACCUUCUUGGAGAGGCAGGAGACUUCCUCCCAAAGAGGAAGAGAAAGAGGAAAUUACACUAAAACCAUUCAAGAAAGAAAAACCGAAAGAGCCAAAAACAAUAAGUAAGCCUAGACCAGGAAAACCACAUGAACCGGAAAUUCCUGAACCAGAGGAAAUACCUUUCGAACCUUACACCAAACCAGACAGAGAAAGAGCUCAAGAACCUGGAAGAAAGGAGGAACCAGGGGCCAAAGACGUUGACGAAAUAACGUCAGAGGAACAAGAUGUUCCUACUCCUCAGGCGAAAAGUAAACCAAAACCCAGUAAAAAACUUCCGAGAGAAAAACCUCAACAAGAAGAAUUCACAAUACCUAAAGUGGCAUUAAAGAAAACUGUUCCAAAGAAGUUUGUCCCUGAGGAAGAAAAGCUUGAAUCUGUAGCUCUUGAACACGUAGACAAGCCGAAGAAAGUUGAGCCCAAAAAAGAAAAGCGGGAAUGGAGUCCCCUGCCUGAUUAUGAAACCUACUCUCCAGAGGAGUUGCCAGACAAAGAACCUGUGGAACUUGAUAAACCUGACAAAUUUGAGCCCACUCAAAAGACAAAAGAUGUCAUGGAAGAAGAAACGGACAGAUAUCAGCGCCAGCCAAAGGAAAAGACAGAAACACAGGAAGACAGGAAGCUGAAACUUGGCAAAGGUCGCUGGCCGCCGGAGAAGGAAGAGGAACAGGUAAAGCUUAAGCCGGGAAAGCGCCUACCUAAACCACCAGGGGAGGAAAUGGAAAAACCACAUUUGAAGCCUACACCCAAGAAAAAGCUAGAAGAAGAGGAGAAAGAAAAAGUGGGUCGUAAGCCUGGUAAGAAACCAACCAAAGACAUCCCGGAACGUGAGCCGGUGGAGUUGGAACCAUUCGAACGAACUGAACCAGAGAUUCUCGAUAGAGAAAAGGUGCCACUCGAGAAACCUCUCAAGUCUAAACCUAAGCCUAAAGAGGUUUCCUCAGAGGAACAUGAAGCCCCAAAAUCAGUGGAGGAGAAGCUAUCAGAAGAGGAAGAACCCAAACCCAAGAAAGACAGGAAGAAGCCAGAGAAGGAAGAAGAAGAACCUGAAGUCCCAUCAUGGCGGGGUAAGAGAUUACCUCCCAAGGAAGAAGAGAAAGAGGAGGUGGUGCUAAAACCCUUCAAGAAGGAGAAACCUUCAGAACCAAAACCAAAGCCAAAACACAAACCGGGUAAACCAUAUGAACCUGAGAUACCGGAACCGGAGAAGACUCCUCUUGAACCUUACAGUAAGCCAGAAAGGGAAAAGGUUUCUGACGAAGUUCCUGAGUCUGUGAAGCCGAAGGACGAGGAAAUACCUUCAACUGAAGAAGAACCAAAACCUAGGAAGGAGAGAACAAAGCCAGAUAAAGAUGAAGAGGCCGAGACACCUUCUUGGAGAGGCAGGAGACUUCCUCCCAAAGAGGAAGAGAAAGAGGAAAUUACACUGAAACCAUUCAAGAAAGAAAAGCCCACAGAACCUAAACCAACUCCAAAACCCAAAUUAGGUAAGCCUUAUGAACCCGAAAUCCCUGAACCCGAGAAGCCUCCACGUGAACCUUAUGCAAAGCCUGAAAAGGAGAAAGUUCCUAAACCAUCCAAGGAAGAGUCGCCAAAGCCCGAGAAAGUGGAAGAAAUUCCAUCAGAAGAACAAGGAAAACCUGAUGAGCCAGAGAAGAAGCCCGAUGAACCAACAACAGUACCAUCAAAGCCCAAGAAGAAGAGACCAAGAAUGCUUCAAGCUCCUGUAGAAGAAAAGUACGAGAUUCCAAAGGUGACUCUCAGAAAGACCUCACAAAAUGUGUUUGUACCCGAAGAGGUGACACUAGAGAAUGUGGAACUUGAGCAUAUUGAGACUCCAGAAGAACCUGAGCCUGAGGUUGAGAAGAGAGUGUGGACUCCUCUUCCUGAGUAUGAGACUUAUGUUCCCGAGGAAAUAGCAGAGAAAGAGCCUGUAGAGCUCGAGAAGUAUGAGCCAUUUGAAAUUCUACCAAAACCUAAAGAUGGGAAAGAACCAGAGAAGAAGAAACAUGUACGUAAACCUAAGGAGAAACCCGAACCAGAAGAGGAGAGGAAGUUGAAGCUUGGCAAGGGUAAAAUGAGGCCUGAAGAGGAGGAGGAGGAACAAGUGAAAUUAAAACCAGGAAAGCGUCGUCCAAAGUCUCCAGAAAAGGAACCGGAGAAACCGCAGUUAAAACCUAUUCCGAAGAAAAAGCCAGAAGAAGAGGAGAAAGAAAAAGUGGCUCGUAAGCCUGGUAAGAAACCAACCAAAGACAUCCCAGAGCGUGAGCCGGUGGAGUUGGAACCAUUCGAACGAACUGAACCAGAGAUUCUCGACAGAGAAAAGGUGCCACUCGAGAAACCUCUCAAGCCUAAACCUGAGCCUAAAGAGGUUUCCUCAGAGGACCAUGAAGCCCCAAAAUCAGUGGAGGAGAAGCUAUCAGAAGAGGAAGAACCUAAACCCAAGAAGGAUAGGAAGAAGCCAGAGAAGAAAGAGGAAGAACCUGAAGUCCCAUCAUGGCGGGGUAAGAGAUUACCUCCCAAGGAAGAGGAGAAAGAGGAGGUGGUGCUAAAACCCUUCAAGAAAGAGAAACCUACAGAACCAAAACCAAAGCCAAAACACAAACCGGGUAAACCAUAUGAACCUGAGAUACCGGAACCGGAGAAGACUCCUCUUGAACCUUACAGUAAGCCAGAAAGGGAAAAGGUUCCUGACGAAGUUCCUGAGUCUGUGAAGCCGAAGGACGAGGAAAUACCUUCAACUGAAGAAGAACCAAAACCUAAGAAAGAGAGAACAAAGCCAGAUAAAGAUGAAGAGGCCGAGACACCUUCUUGGAGAGGCAGGAGACUUCCUCCCAAAGAGGAAGAGAAAGAGGAAAUUACACUGAAACCAUUCAAGAAAGAAAAGCCCACAGAACCAAAACCAAAGCCAAAACACAAACCGGGUAAACCAUAUGAACCUGAGAUACCGGAACCGGAGAAGACUCCUCUUGAACCUUACAGUAAGCCAGAAAGGGAAAAGGCUCCAGACGAAGUUCCUGAGUCUAUGGAGCCGAAGGACGAGGAAAUACCUUCACCUGAAGAAGAACCAAAACCUAGGAAGGAGAGAACAAAGCCAGAUAAAGAUGAAGAGGCCGAGACACCUUCUUGGAGAGGCAGGAGACUUCCUCCCAAAGAGGAAGAGAAAGAGGAAAUUACACUGAAACCAUUCAAGAAAGAAAAGCCCACAGAACCUAAACCAACUCCAAAACCCAAAUUAGGUAAGCCUUAUGAACCCGAAAUCCCUGAACCCGAGAAGCCUCCACGUGAACCUUAUGCAAAGCCUGAAAAGGAGAAAGUUCCUAAACCAUCUAAGGAAGAGUCGCCAAAGCCCGAGAAAGUGGAAGAAAUUACAUCAGAAGAACAAGGAAAGCCAGGUGAGCCAGAGAAGAAGCCCGAUGAACCAACAACAGUACCAUCAAAGCCCAAGAAGAAGAGACCAAGAAUGCUUCAAGCUCCUGUAGAAGAAAAGUACGAGAUUCCAAAGGUGACUCUCAGAAAGACCUCACAAAAUGUGUUUGUACCUGAAGAGGUGACACUAGAGAAUGUGGAACUUGAGCAUAUUGAGACUCCAGAAGAACCUGAGCCUGAGGUUGAGAAGAGAGUGUGGACUCCUCCUCCUGAGUAUGAGACUUAUGUUCCCGAGGAAAUAGCAGAGAAAGAGCCUGUGGAGCUCGAGAAGUAUGAGCCGUUUGAAAUUCUCUCAAAACCUAAAGAUGAGAAAGAACCAGAGAAGAAGAAACAUGUACGUAAACCUAAGGAGAAACCCGAACCAGAAGAGGAGAGGAAGUUGAAGCUUGGCAAGGGUAAAAUGAGGCCUGAAGAGGAGGAGGAGGAACAAGUGAAAUUAAAACCAGGAAAGCGUCGUCCAAAGUCUCCAGAAAAGGAACCGGAGAAACCGCAGUUAAAACCUAUUCCGAAGAAAAAGCCAGAAGAAGAGGAGAAAGAAAAAGUGGCUCGUAAGCCUGGUAAGAAACCAACCAAAGACAUCCCAGAGCGUGAGCCGGUGGAGUUGGAACCAUUCGAACGAACUGAACCAGAGAUUCUCGAUAGAGAAAAGGUGCCACUCGAGAAACCUCUCAAGCCUAAACCUGAGCCUAAAGAGGUUUCCUCAGAGGAACGUGAAGCCCCAAAACCAGUGGAGGAGAAGCUAUCAGAAGAGGAAGAACCCAAACCCAAGAAAGACAGGAAGAAGCCAGAGAAGGAAGAGGAAGAACCUGAAGUCCCAUCAUGGCGGGGUAAGAGAUUGCCUCCCAAGGAAGAAGAGAAAGAGGAGGUGGUGCUAAAACCCUUCAAGAAGGAGAAACCUUCAGAACCAAAACCAAAGCCAAAACACAAACCGGGUAAACCAUAUGAACCUGAGAUACCGGAACCGGAGAAGACUCCUCUUGAACCUUACAGUAAGCCAGAAAGGGAAAAGGCUGACGAAGUUCCUGAGUCUGUGAAGCCGAAGGACGAGGAAAUACCUUCAACUGAAGAAGAACCAAAACCUAAGAAAGAGAGAACAAAGCCAGAUAAAGAUGAAGAGGCCGAGACACCUUCUUGGAGAGGCAGGAGACUUCCUCCCAAAGAGGAAGAGAAAGAGGAAAUUACACUGAAACCAUUCAAGAAAGAAAAGCCCACAGAACCUAAACCAACUCCAAAACCCAAAUUAGGUAAGCCUUAUGAACCCGAAAUCCCUGAACCCGAGAAGCCUCCACGUGAACCUUAUGCAAAGCCUGAAAAGGAGAAAGUUCCUAAACCAUCUAAGGAAGAGUCGCCAAAGCCCGAGAAAGUGGAAGAAAUUCCAUCAGAAGAACAAGGAAAGCCAGGUGAGCCAGAGAAGAAGCCCGAUGAACCAACAACAGUACCAUCAAAGCCCAAGAAGAAGAGACCAAGAAUGCUUCAAGCUCCUGUAGAAGAAAAGUACGUGAUUCCAAAGGUGACACUGAAGAAAACAACACAGAAUGUGUUUGUACCCGAAGAGGUGACACUAGAGAAUGUGGAACUUGAGCAUGUUGAGACUCCAGAAGAACCUGAGCCUGAGGUUGAGAAGAGAGUGUGGACUCCUCCUCCUGAGUAUGAGACUUAUGUUCCCGAGGAAAUAGCAGAGAAAGAACCUGUAGAGCUCGAGAAGUAUGAGCCAUUUGAAAUUCUACCAAAACCUAAAGAUGAGAAAGAACCAGAGAAGAAGAAACAUGUACGUAAACCUAAGGAGAAACCCGAACCAGAAGAGGAGAGGAAGUUGAAGCUUGGCAAGGGUAAAAUGAGGCCUGAAGAGGAGGAGGAGGAACAAGUGAAAUUAAAACCAGGAAAGCGUCGUCCAAAGUCUCCUGAAAAGGAACCGGAGAAACCGCAGUUAAAACCUAUUCCAAAGAAAAAGCCAGAAGAAGAGGAGAAAGAAAAAGUGGCUCGUAAGCCUGGUAAGAAACCAACCAAAGACAUCCCAGAGCGUGAGCCGGUGGAGUUGGAACCAUUCGAACGAACUGAACCAGAGAUUCUCGACAGAGAAAAGGUGCCACUCGAGAAACCUCUCAAGCCUAAACCUGAGCCUAAAGAGGUUUCCUCAGAGGAACGUGAAGCCCCAAAACCAGUGGAGGAAAAGCCGUUAGAAGAGGAAGAACCCAAACCCAAGAAGGAUAGGAAGAAGCCAGAGAAGAAAGAGGAAGAACCUGAAGUCCCAUCAUGGCGGGGUAAGAGAUUGCCUCCCAAGGAAGAAGAGAAAGAGGAGGUGGUGCUAAAACCCUUCAAGAAGGAGAAACCUUCAGAACCAAAACCAAAGCCAAAACACAAACCGGGUAAACCAUAUGAACCUGAGAUACCGGAACCGGAGAAGACUCCUCUUGAACCUUACAGUAAGCCAGAAAGGGAAAAGGUUCCUGACGAAGUUCCUGAGUCUGUGAAGCCGAAGGACGAGGAAAUACCUUCAACUGAAGAAGAACCAAAACCUAAGAAAGAGAGAACAAAGCCAGAUAAAGAUGAAGAGGCCGAGACACCUUCUUGGAGAGGCAGGAGACUUCCUCCCAAAGAGGAAGAGAAAGAGGAAAUUACACUGAAACCAUUCAAGAAAGAAAAGCCCACAGAGCCAAAACCAACUCCAAAACCCAAAUUAGGUAAGCCUUAUGAACCCGAAAUCCCUGAACCCGAGAAACCUCCACGUGAACCUUAUGCAAAGCCUGAAAAGGAGAAAGUUCCUAAACCUUCCAAGGAAGAGUCGCCAAAGCCCGAGAAAGUGGAAGAAAUUCCAUCAGAAGAACAAGGAAAACCUGAUGAGCCAGAGAAGAAGCCCGAUGAACCAACAACAGUACCAUCAAAGCCCAAGAAGAAGAGACCAAGAAUGCUUCAAGCUCCUGUAGAAGAAAAGUACGUGAUUCCAAAGGUGACACUGAAGAAAACAACACAGAAUGUGUUUGUACCCGAAGAGGUGACACUAGAGAAUGUGGAACUUGAGCAUGUUGAGACUCCAGAAGAACCUGAGCCUGAGGUUGAGAAGAGAGUGUGGACUCCUCCUCCUGAGUAUGAGACUUAUGUUCCCGAGGAAAUAGCAGAGAAAGAGCCUGUGGAGCUCGAGAAGUAUGAGCCAUUUGAAAUUCUACCAAAACCUAAAGAUGGGAAAGAACCAGAGAAGAAGAAACAUGUACGUAAACCUAAGGAGAAACCCGAACCAGAAGAGGAGAGGAAGUUGAAGCUUGGCAAGGGUAAAAUGAGGCCUGAAGAGGAGGAGGAGGAACAAGUGAAAUUAAAACCAGGAAAGCGUCGUCCAAAGUCUCCUGAAAAGGAACCGGAGAAACCGCAGUUAAAACCUAUUCCGAAGAAAAAGCCAGAAGAAGAGGAGAAAGAAAAAGUGGCUCGUAAGCCUGGUAAGAAACCAACCAAAGACAUCCCAGAGCGUGAGCCGGUGGAGUUGGAACCAUUCGAACGAACUGAACCAGAGAUUCUCGAUAGAGAAAAGGUGCCACUCGAGAAACCUCUCAAGCCUAAACCUGAGCCUAAAGAGGUUCCCUCAGAGGAACGUGAAGCCCCAAAACCAGUGGAGGAAAAGCCAUCAGAAGAGGAAGAACCUAAACCCAAGAAGGAUAGGAAGAAGCCAGAGAAGAAAGAGGAAGAACCUGAAGUCCCAUCAUGGCGGGGUAAGAGAUUGCCUCCCAAGGAAGAGGAGAAAGAGGAGGUGGUGCUAAAACCCUUCAAGAAGGAGAAACCUUCAGAACCAAAACCAAAGCCAAAACACAAACCGGGUAAACCAUAUGAACCUGAGAUACCGGAACCGGAGAAGACUCCUCUUGAACCUUAUUCGAAACCUGAGAAAGAAAAAUCGCCGGAACCUGAGAAGCCUCGCAAGAAACCCAAGAAACCUAAGGAAGGUGAACCUAAGAAGGGUCUGGUACCUGUGAUGGCGACUCCCAAGCCCGAGGAAGCUAAGGUAGAGAAGAUGGAAGCCACUCGAGUUGACCUGAAAUUAACUGAAAUAGUCACGAAGAAGGAAACUUCUGUCAAGUCACUGAAACGUGUAGACCAAAAGCCGAAGGAUAUUGAAGUCAUACCGCCAUCCUUCUCUCAGAUCCUGGAGCCUGUGAUCAGCCAACCUGCUCAUAAGUCAGUCUUCAGAUGUCAAGUCAAGGGCUACCCACCGCCGGAAAUCAAAUGGUAUUUCAAUAGCUUCGAAAUCAUACCAAGUCCCAAUAGGAUAAUUUGCUACGAAAACAAAGAAUCGACCCUCACCAUCGUUCGCACCACAGAGGACGAUGAAGGCAUGUACUCCUGCGAGGCAGUGAACGUGGCAGGGAAGGCAACUACCAUUGCCAACCUAGUGCUGGAAGCGCGCAAGGAUAAGCCCCGUGGGCAGGCACCUAAGAUCUUAGAGCCACUGAAGCCACUCAAAGUGGAACAUGGCUCUAAGGCAGUAUUGGAGACCACAGUCAAGGGGCAGCCCACGCCCAAGGUACUGUGGUAUCACCUGGACAGGGAAGUUGUACAAUCUUCUGAGUUUGUCCAGGAGUUCGAUGCUACCACGGGACGAGCUGCUCUCAUCAUCAGUGAGGUCUUCAUUGAUGACAAGGGGCUGUAUCGCUGUGUUGCCAUUAACCAACACGGCCAAGAUGAAACAGCUUCAUACGUUACUGUAGAGGACAUAGAGAUGCUGGAGAAGAGUGAACUGCGUCAGGCACCGCGGAUCACUCGACCUCUCCAGGCUCAGAUAGUGAAAACUCCCUCUUCCCUUGACUUGCAAGCGCGCUAUGAGGCCUUCCCACCACCUACCAUUAAGUGGUACCACAAAGGCAAAGAACUUAAGCCUUCACGAGAUUAUACAAUCGAAUAUAUCGAUGACGAAACGAGCCUUCAUAUUGAGGAGGUCUUCGAUGACGACAGUGGAGAGUACGAAGUGAGGGUGUUCAAUGAAGUUGGAGAGGCACGCUCUGUUGCCACCGUCAUUGUCACCCAACCCGAAGAGGUAAUUGAAAUGGAACCUCCAAAGUUCAUCAAACCGUUGCAGCCUCAGAUUGUCCCAGAGGGUGAGGUGGCCAUUCUGGAAGCAGAAGUUACUGCUAAGCCACCAGCUGAAUUCAUGUGGUACAGACACGGCCAAAAGAUAACAACUGACGAGGAGCUGGAGGUACAGAUCACAAGUGAAGACAACAAAACUACCCUCGUUCUUGGGGAACUGUUUGAGGAUGACUCAGGUGACUACACAAUUACUGCACAAAACCCAGUUGGUCUAGCAUCCUCCACUGCCACAUUGCUGGUGGAGGGUGAAGGCGCCGAGGAAGCAGAGCCACCUGCCUUCAGCCCUCCCUUGACUCCCAUCCGUGUUAUGGAUGGUGAAGAAGUUCGCUUCUCUUGUAAAGUAACUGGAAAACCAAUGCCCAAGCUGACUUGGUUCCAGAAUGGACGACCCAUCGGCCAUCAUCGUGAGGUACGACUGACACAAACUCCCGAUGGUCGUGCUGGUCUUCAGAUCCUGGAAGUGUUCCCGGAAGAUGAAGGCGACUACACAUGUAUUGCCCGCAACAAGGCUGGAGAAGCAAGGACCACAGCCAACCUUUGUGUGGAGUCCUACGAGUACCACCCCGACUCCGAGGCUGCAACGACAACUUCAGUAUCUGAAAAAAAUGUGUUUUCGGGACCUACAUCCGAAGAAGACGAAACUCUUGAGAUUGAAAAGGACUCUGAAUCCGACAGUUCUGAGGCUGGUUCCUCACCCUACUUCUGCAACAGACUGGAGCAGAAGAUAGAGGUCAUCGAGGGUUCCUCCGUAAGAUUGCUGACAAAGACUACUGGGUACCCACGGCCGACUGUCAAGUGGCAUGCAGAUGGUAUGCCGGUGGAGGUAACGGAGGCUCUCACCCUGGAAACCUACGAGGAUGGAACUGAAGCUCUCACACUUCCUUAUGCGGUCCUGGACGACUGUGGGGAGUACACUUGUGAGGCCAUGAACAGGAAUGGUGUAGACACAACUGUGACGACCUUGGUGGUCCUCCCGGAGCACACAGAGGAGACAUCAAAGGCUUAUCGCAAACCAGAAUGGGUCACCCGCAUGGAAGACCUCAAGCAAGCUAUGUCAGGUGAACAUACUGCACCCAAAUUCAUACAGGAAAUUACCAACUCACGAGUACGGGAAAUGGAAACCAUAACACUCACUGCAACAUUUAUCGGUAAUCCCAAGCCUGAGAUAACAUGGUACCACAACAACAAACUGAUCCGUCAACAUGCAUCUUAUCAGAUGAGAGUUCGCAAUGACAAGGCCAUUCUGACCAUUGUCCAAGUUAAACCUGAAGUGAAGGGAGAGUAUUACUGUCGUGCUGUUAACUCUGUUGGUGAGAGUAUCACCAAGGCCACACUGGAGGUUAUCGAACUGACUUAUGAAGAGAAGAUGAGGGUCGAUGAUGAAAGAUACGCAGCUGUACAGAUCCAGCACGCAGCAGAACACAUGAAGGAAAAAGAAAGAGAACGAGCACAGAAACAGAGGCAAGACCACCAGGAGGCUAUGCAGAGACUCAAGCAAGAAAAGGUAGAGCGAAACGUCCUGAAGGAAAAGGAACUUGAAGAAGCCAGGAAGAAUGUUUGGAAGCCACAAUUUGAGGAGACGAAAGUAAAGGUCUUUAAAACUCCCAAAGAACGCCGUGUGUCUGAGGUGUACACGAACUGGAAAUCUCCUAUUGCUCUUGAAGAGAGUUAUCCAGAAAUUCAACCAAGUGAAUUUGCACCCAACCAAAUUCCUGGUGUCAAGUGUUUCGUGAAGGUUUCCGAAACCUCUGUCAAGGGUGAAGAAGUUGUCCGAGAGGUUGCACCUCAAUUCUUUGAGGACGAGCAAGUUAUCCAUGAAUUGGCUAAAGUUCAUACCAUGUUGAAGAAUAAUGUUAGGGUAAGUGAAAUCUGGUCAAUGUUCCGGGCUGGUGAGUUUAAGGCUCUUCAGCAACCCAGCAUUCAGACUGCCCUUGUUAAGAUUUGUGAGCACAUUGGCCACCAAAGGAAUGUGUCUAUUGUACUGGCUCAAGAAACUCAAGAACAAGCUACCAAGCAUCCUGUUGGUCUCAAGGCCUUCUUGCGCAUGGUCAAGCAUGCCAAGAACAUCAAACCAGAAACUCUCUUCAAGGAUGUUAUCCCAAGAGAGAUGGGCAAAUUCUCUUCAACCACUCAGGAAUUGACCAAGGUUUCCCAGAUGAUAAACCAAGGAAUCGAAACCGAGGAGAUCAUAGCAUUCUGUGUGGCUGGCAAGCUCCCAGCGCUGAAGAAACCAGAGACCCAGCAACCUCUUAUCAACAUCGUGGAGAAGCAUGGACACUCCGUCAUGGUAGCACAGGUGUUGGUUGAGGAGGCUUAUCGUGACGCAAAGGACGAGAGAGUGUUGGCAGAGAAAGCCUGGGAGGUGGUGCAUGAACAGGAGAUGGAGAUGGCUCGGGUAUCCGAGAUCAAGACUGAACUGCCCAAGGUAGAUGUCGCUACCAUCUCGUCUGUGGAAACCCUCCAGUCGGCUUCUUCGACCAAGGUUGAAGUGAAAGCUAAGAAAAGGCAGGAAAUCCAGGAGAUGAUAGAAUCCACUCAAGAAUCUGAGGUUAUAUCCUCAGAGUCCAUUCCCACUCCAUCUAAAGAAUUGAGCGAGGCUACAGAAAUGACAGAAGAACACACAUCUCUCCUAGAAAACAUUGAACCAAGAAAAGAACAAGCAAAGGCAGUUAUAACUGAUGAUGUCAGAGAUUCUUUAACUAUUAUUGAAAGUCACACAGAGGAACAGCCAACACCUUGGGUAAGAGGAGAAAAAAUUCAUCUUAAGAAACAAAUCAGUAUUACACCAGACGUAGUUGCUUCUGAAUCGAUACAAGUAACCGACACAAAAGUUGAAGAUUCCUUUACUACUUUGACACCAGAGAAAGGAGAGGAAGUUACGGCAACUGUUACCGAAGAGCUUAAAGACUCUGUAACAGUUACUGAAAAGAUACCGGAGGAGCAACCGACGCCUUGGCGACAAGGGGAGAAAGUACCAUUUAGAACAGAGAGGAUCAAACCUGAAUUAAUUCCUUCAGAAUCACUCCAGGUAAUACAUACAAAAGUGGAAGACACUUAUGUGACCCUAGAGACAGAAAAGGGAGAACAGGUGAAAGCUACCGUCACAGAAGAGCUUAAAGACUCUGUAACUGUUACUGAAAAGAUACCGGAGGAGCAACCGACGCCUUGGCGACAAGGGGAGAAAGUACCAUUUAGAACAGAGAGGAUCAAACCUGAAUUAGUUCCCUCAGAGCCAAUUCAGGUGACUGAUACAAAAGUGGAAGACACUUAUGUGACCCUAGAGACAGAAAAGGGAGAACAGGUGAAAGCUACCGUCACAGAAGAGCUUAAAGACUCUGUAACAGUUACUGAAAAGAUACCGGAGGAGCAACCGAUGCCUUGGCGACAAGGGGAGAAAGUACCAUUUAGAACAGAGAGGAUCAAACCUGAAUUAAUUCCCUCAGAGCCAAUUCAGGUGACUGAUACAAAAGUGGAAGACACUUAUGUGACCCUAGAGACAGAAAAGGGAGAACAGGUGAAAGCUACCGUCACAGAAGAGCUUAAAGACUCUGUAACUGUUACUGAAAAGAUACCGGAGGAGCAACCGAUGCCUUGGCGACAAGGGGAGAAAGUACCAUUUAGAACAGAGAGGAUCAAACCUGAAUUAAUUCCCUCAGAGCCAAUUCAGGUGACUGAUACAAAAGUGGAAGACACUUAUGUGACCCUAGAGACAGAAAAGGGAGAACAGGUGAAAGCUACCGUCACAGAAGAGCUUAAAGACUCUGUAACUGUUACUGAAAAGAUACCGGAGGAGCAACCGAUGCCUUGGCGACAAGGGGAGAAAGUACCAUUUAGAACAGAGAGGAUCAAACCUGAAUUAAUUCCCUCAGAGCCAAUUCAGGUGACUGAUACAAAAGUGGAAGACACUUAUGUGACCCUAGAGACAGAAAAGGGAGAACAGGUGAAAGCUACCGUCACAGAAGAGCUUAAAGACUCUGUAACAGUUACUGAAAAGAUACCGGAGGAGCAACCGAUGCCUUGGCGACAAGGGGAGAAAGUACCAUUUAGAACAGAGAGGAUCAAACCUGAAUUAAUUCCCUCAGAGCCAAUUCAGGUGACUGAUACAAAAGUGGAAGACACGUAUGUUCCUCUUAAGACUGAAGAAAGUCAACGAGUAAAGGCAACAGUUACUGAAGAGCUAAAAGAUUCUCUGACGAUUACUGAAAAAAUACCAGAGGAACAGCCAACACCCUGGCGACAGGGAGAAAAGAUACCUUUCAAAAUGGAGAGUAUUGAACCUGAACUAGUCCCCUUGGAACCUAUUCAAGUAACUGACACAAAGAUUGUUGAUACCUGUGUUACUUUCCAGGGAGAAGAAAGUGAAAAAGUAAAAGCAACUGUAACUAAGGACUUAAGAGAUUCCGUUACUGUUAUUGAGAGACUUUCAGAGGAGCAACCAUCUCCCUUGGAGAGACCAAAGAGAGUAACUGCAGAUUCUGCUCAACAUAUGUUAAUGGUAAUGGAACAUGAUUCAAUUUCGGUAUCUGAAGUGUAUGCUAAGGAAGGAGGUACUCAGUUUGAAACGGAAAAAGCUGAAAUACAAAAAGCCAUUGGAAAAUUAGAACCAUUACAAGCUUUGACCACGACGGACCAACGAAGUGAGGAGUAUUUGUCUCAGCUGUCUGACAUGAUGAAAUCAACAGAAAAGGCCACUGCUUUGGAUCAAGACAUGCAACAUACAUUAGAAGUUACAGAACAAGUAGCUCAUGAAAGUACAGCUGAUCUGAAAAAGACAGAUCGUGUCUAUGAGAACCUGAAGUGUGGCCUCAUUGGGCAAAAUGCUGCCUUGACACAAGAAAUUUUGGUUCAUGAUGCAGAAGAAACAUAUGAAUCAAAGGCUCCCAAGACAGCUUUCACAAAACAAACAACUGUAACAAAGGAAUCAGAGGCUGUGAUAAUUGCAGAGCCAAAGUUGGAAGAAGAUACUGUUCAGUGGGAAAAGCAUACAGAUUUAUUAGAAAAGGCCAAACCAAAUGUUCAAGAACUUAGACAUAUCCAAGUUUCUGAAACGUUUAAAGCGGACAAAGAGGAUAUUUUCAUCCAGCCCACAGCAUUACAACUACAAGGCAAGUCCUCGGAAGUCCAACCCUUGCAAGCUCUUACCAUCCAGGGUCAUGAUGUACAGGAGGAUGCUGCUUCAUGGAAAGCUCGUGUAGACAAAGAACAGACAGCUAGAACAUCUAUCUUGGAAAACAUGCCCCUAAGUGUUAUGGAAACUCAACAACACGAUUCAUUUAAAGAAUAUAAAAUGGAUAAACCGUUGGAAGCACAUGCAACUCAGAAGGAAGGUAAAAGAGAAGCUUUAGCUGUAUCCGAAGUGAAGGCUGUAUCUCCUGUUCGUGAGAUAACAAAGACUGAGACAAAGGAAGAACAUGCUGAGGUUAUUCAUGCUAAGAAUACUUCUGUAGUUAUUUCAUCUAAAGAAAUUCAAGAGAGUGAAGCCCCCUUGAAAAUCCAACGUCCAAUGGAAGCAUAUGCUGAUGGGUUAGACAUAAAUGCGUACCAUCCCUUAACAGUUGCAGAUACUGAGGUUCAGUUACCUGUUGAUAUUCUAAGCGAACCCGCUCUUCUUACGGGGACGGCAAAGACGAGCUUUAUUCCUCAAAAAGCACUUGAAAUUGUCGAAUCUCAGACUCACCAGAAGGAAAUGGACUUCCAGCCAACCAAACCAGCAGAUGUGAAGUUGGAAGGGAAGGUUGAAUGUAGUGAAUAUUCCCUUGAAGUCAGGGAAACCAAGGCUCAGUCACCAAUAAGAGAUCUGAAAGAAAGUAAACCGUCUUCAGAUAUGGCUAGUGCAUCACUGAUACCACAAAAGUCUGUGAAAGUAUCAGAGGUUUCUGUGAGUUACAAAGAAGGAGAGUUUAAAGAAAUUCCAAGGUUUUCACACACUGCAACGGAAGAACAACUGCCUGGCCAUCACCCUCUGCAUGUGACUCAAAGUAACGUUCAGGAUAGCACUCAAGAUUUCAAACCUAUUAUUCCCAAAGAAGAAGUUGCGUCCGUAGAUCUUAAAGGUUUCCAUGCACCAUCUGUUACUGAAGUUCACACGGAACAAGGUGAAGUAGUAUAUAUUCCUGACAAGUUGCCUGUUACCACUGCCAAAACUGAUAUGGUUGAGGGUAUGCAACCCAUUAUAACUGAGGAGGUAUGUGCUUCUUCAUCUGUUCAGGAUUUGUCUGUUCCUGAUAUACCACAGACAAAGGAAGCUACCACAGGGUUUGAAGAAAGGAAAGCUAUAUCCAUCCAUGAAACUGGUACUCAUGAGAAAGAAGGGUCAUUUACUGAAACAAAACCUGUAGAAUUGAAAUUACAAUCCAAAAUAAAUGGCGGACUAGAGCCGCUGCUCGUAACUGAGAUAGAAAGUGAAGAAUCCACUGGCAAAGUAAAACCACAAUCAGUACCAGCUAUGGAGAACGCAAAGAUAGAACUUACACAUGCUACAAAGGUGGCGUUAUCGUCUGGUGUUUUGAUAAAUGAACGCGAAGGAUGGCAUGAAGAUGAUAAACCAGAAGUACAGAAGGCAGAAGGUACCAUUAGUACAGGUGAGGCUAUUACUGUUUCAGAAACUCAUCCACAAUCAGCAACUGAAGAACUUUUAGUAUCACCUACACCAAAGACUGAAGAGGGAACAGGUUCAUUGGUUCCAUCAAAAACUGCAACAGUCUCAGAGGUUGUCCUUCACGAGAAAGAAGGAAUACAUAAGCCCAGCACUUACCCAACAAUCUCGUUAUCUGGUCAAAUGCAACCUCCGCAUUUACCAUUAAUUGUUCAAGAAACUUGCACUGAAUCGAGCAUAUCAGAAAUGGCAGAGCAGAAGCUUCAGCCAUCACAAUCUGCAUCAGUAUCUCUUUUUGCACAUCAGAUUGCCUCUUCGUCAAAUGUUGGAGUGAGUGAAAAAGAAGGAAUAUACAAACAGAUUAAACCAAAGGAAGACCUAGCCAGUGUGGAAUACGAAAGUGAAAAAGCUCCUAUUCAGGUUAGUGAAACUAGAGCUGAAUCCCCCGUGAAAGACUUUAAAGACAAGAAACCACAGGAUGCACAGGCAAAACCAUUUAUCAUACCACAGAAGGCUGUUGCUGUGUCUGAAACAGAAACUAAAGAUAAGGAGGGAAUACUGAACGUGGAAAAACCGGCAACAGUUACUCUGGAGUCUGAUAUUACUUGGCCUUUGCAUCCAGUGACAGUGUCUGAGGUGAAUGCAGAUUCAAGUGUACAUAAUCUUUCUUUGGAUAAAAUAAUUGAAGAACAAGCAGUUUCUAGCCAUAUUCUUCAUCGUGCAGCAGCUAUUAGCGAGGCCAUGGUUCACUUAAAAGAAGAGGAAUAUCAUGAUAUUAAACCGAUUCCUGUUGCACCAAAAGAAUUCCAUACUCCUGGCCAUGAGCCCGUUGUUAUAACUGAAACUCGUCCCGAAUCUCCCGUUACCAACCGUGAAGAAAAGGAAACUCCGAUGAGUAAAGCCAAGAGUGAGGUAAUUUCACAAGAUACAGUACAAGUGCAGGAAAUUCGAGUUCAUGAAUCAGAGAGUGAUUUUGAAACUAUUGCACCAAAGUCAUCAGUUGGUGAAUCGCAUAGAAUUCCAGGACAUGUUGUAGCAGUAUCUACAAACGUUGAACCGUCGGAUUGCCUCCAGAAAUUGGCUGAAACUGAUAAAGUUGUAGGUAAAACUGCAACCUUAACAGUUAAUGCACAACAGGCCGCUGAAGUGUUGCAGCAUGAUAUUAGUGAAGCGGGAAAUAUUUUGGUCGAUAAGAAACUAGAAAGUAUGAAAGCGAAGCCAAAUGUCGAAGAAAUGCAGUCCGUUUCAGUUUCAGAAAUAAACGCAGAAACAAAAGAACAAGAUUAUAUUGCGAAAAAACCACAUGUAGAGAAUGUGGAAGCCAAACCAGUCCUUACUCCCCUCCACCUUGCGAAUAUUGCCCAUCCUGACAUUGCGGAACAGGAAGGUAAAAUCCCAACACUCAACAUUCCCGAUACCACCCACGCUAAACUUCACUUCACCCCACACACAUCCAAACAAGUAACUCAACCGCAACCUGAUAUACUUCCAGGCAUAUUAAAACCAGAACAACCUGUUCUGGCUACCGGUAAGAUUGUAUUGGAACAGUCUACACAUGUCUCCGGCUCUCAGGAAAUUGUUGUCGAGACUGUAAAGGAAGAGGCAGUCAAGAGCACUCCACAGACUAAGCAAGCCCACUCUAUUUUCGAUACACAAGAAACUAUCUCGGUUAUGCAAGUGUCAGUUCUUAAUCAAACAGAAUCAUUGGAUGAGGUCACCAAACCUACACCUGCAAUCGCUCAACCAGGUCACGUAACUCAGCAAAGCAUUCAUGUUGAAGAAGCUGACUUACGAGAGUCCUCGUCGUCUGUUUCGUUUGAAAAAACAACCGAACGAAAAGCUACUACAGUGCUAGAUGAAAGAGAACACGUUACAGUGUCGGAAGUAAAAUCUAAUGAACUCCCAAUAGAUUUGAAAGAAAAGAAAGUUGAAGUAAAGGCCACGCCUUCGGUAAAGCCCCACGAAACUGUCACUGUGUCCUCUGUAACUGUGGCUGAAAAUUACGAAGAAACUAAGGAUCAUAAACCUAAAAUGGAGAAGGCUGAACCAGUUGCUACACCCCAACAGUGUGCUUCUAUUGAAGAGACUAAAGUUCACGAAAGUUCUGGUGAAAUAACAAUCAAGAAACCUACAGAAGAAAAGGCUAUAACUCAUGUAUCAAAACGUGAGUCUGUUAUGGUGUCUGAAGUAAAAACAGAAGAAAAACCAGUUAAUCUCAAAGAACGAACUCCCUCUCAGGAGAGAGCAAGGCCAGUUGUUUCUAAACAAAAACAUGUUAUUGUAUCAGAGACAUCAACAGUAGAAGCACCAGGAUUUGUUAAACACCGCACAGCUUCAGAAGAAAGGGCUAAAACUGUUUUAUCUCAAAGAGAAUCAAUAAUAGUGUCAGAGGUUCGAUCUGAGGAGGCCCCACAGACCGCCAAACACAGAACUCCAUCACAGGAACGAGCACGAAAAGUAAUUUCUCAGAAAGAAUCUUUCGUUGUCGAGGAAGUCAAAGUUCACGAGGUACCCAAAGACCUUCCAAAAGCUAAACCUAAAUCUGAUAAAGCAAAGAAGGUAAUGCCUCAACAGGAAUCUAUUUUUGUUCAGGAAACUCGAGUUGAAGCACAUGCGGGUGACCUUUCACAUACGAAACCCAAGGAAGAAAAAGCCAUGCAGAUACUGCCAAAUCAGUCAUCCGUGUCUGUAUCUGAAAUGUCAAGUCAAGAAAUGCCAGUUCAAAUGCCCGAAUAUAAACCAGAGAGAACGCAUUCAGCAAAGACCAAAAUUGAUCACAGGGAGGUUGUCACAAUUUCUGAGGUAACUGCAGAUGAAGUUCCUCAUAUUGUUCCUCAAGAAAAGAGGAAAACAGAAACUGCCAAUUUGAUUCUGCCAGACACAAGAGAAACCAUUCAAGUUUCAGAAGUUUCCACUGAGGAAACUCCACAAAGUGUUGAGCGAGUGAAGACAAAAGAAGAGUAUGCCCGUGUAGUUGUAAAGCCAACUGAGCCCAUUAGCGUUUCACAGACACAAGUUCACGAGUCCACUGAUAAUGUUCCUGUAUCAAAGUACAAGGAAGAAAAGGCUUACACAAUUCUUCCUCAACAGGAUUCCAUUACUGUACAAGAAAUAAAUGUUAAGGAAGUUCCACAGGAUAUAAAGGACCACAAACCAAAAACUGAACAAGCAAAAUCUAUUCUAUCACCUAGACAGUCUAUUGCUGUUGAAGAAAUUACCAUUAAGGAAAGUCCUGGAUCAGUGGCUGACCUAAAACCAAAGACAGAGCAGGCAAAGUCCAUCAUUUCACCACACGAAUCACUAACUAUUGAAGAAGUAACAGUAAAGGAAACUCCAAGAGAUAUAAGCGAGAAAAGGCCAACGUCACAGACGGCAAUUUCAAUUUUGUCUGAGCAGGAGUCUAUUUCAGUGCAAGAAGUUUCGGUAAAGGAAGCUCCAGGUCCAGUGAAAGAUAAAAAACCAAAGACUGCGACAGCUACGUCUAUUAUUUCUCCACAUGAGUCCCUUACUGUACAAGAAAUUACAGUAAAAGAAGCUCCAGCAGACAUGACAGAUGCAAAACCAAAAACAGAGAAAGCUACUUCAAUUUUGACUCCCCAAGAAUCCAUUGCUGUCCAAGAGGUGUCUGUGAAAGAAGCUCCUGGAGCAAUAAAAGAUGCAAAACCAAAGGAGGAACAAGCUACGUCUAUUUUCUCUACACAUGAAUCUUUGUCUGUCCAUGAAGUGACAGUAAAGGAGGAACCAGGAGAUAUAUCUGAUAAAAAACCUAAAGCUGAGAAAGCAACUUCAAUUUUAUCUGAACAGGAAUCCAUUUCUGUCGAGGAAGUAUCUGUUAAAGAAGCCCCUGGUUCAGUAAAAGAUGCAAAGCCAAAAACAGAACAAGCUACAUCAAUUAUUUCUCCACACCAGUCACUUACUGUACAAGAAGUAACAGUAAAAGGAGUUUCAGAAGACAUAAUGGAUAAGAAACCAAAAACUGAGAAGGCAACAUCAAUAUUAUCUGAGCAGAAAUCUAUCUCUGUUCAAGAAGUUUCAGUGAAAGAUGCUCCUGGAUCCGUUAAGGAUCUGAAACUUAAAACAGAACAAGCAACAUCUAUAAUAUCACCACAUGAAUCAAUCACUGUUCAAGAAGUGUCUGUGAAGGAAGCACCAACAGACCUGAGUGAGAAAAAGCCAAAGAGAGAGCAAGCCACCUCUAUUUUGUCUGAGCAGGAAUCCAUUUCUGUCCAAGAGGUGUCUAUAAAAGAAGCCCCUGGGUCGAUGAAGGAUAUGAAACCCAAGACAGAACAAGCUACAUCGAUUAUUUCUCCACACCAGUCACUUACUGUACAAGAAGUAACAGUAAAAGGAGUUUCAGAAGACAUAAUGGAUAAGAAACCAAAAACUGAGAAGGCAACAUCAAUAUUAUCUGAGCAGGAAUCUAUCUCUGUUCAAGAAGUUUCAGUGAAAGAUGCUCCUGGAUCCGUUAAGGAUCUGAAACUUAAAACAGAACAAGCAACAUCUAUAAUAUCACCACAUGAAUCAAUCACUGUUCAAGAAGUGUCUGUGAAGGAAGCACCAACAGACCUGAGUGACCGAAAACCAAAGACAGAAAAGGCAACUUCUGUAUUGUCUCAGCAAGAAUCUAUUUCUGUCCAUGAAAUAUCGGUGAAAGAGGCUCCUGGAGCGAUGAAGGAUAUAAAACCAAAGGAAGGACAAGCAACUUCAAUUAUUUUCCCACAUCAGUCCCUUACUAUUGAAGAGGUGACAGUAAAGGAAGCUUCGGGAGAUAUACGAGAUAAGAAGCCAAAAACCGAGAAGGCAACUUCAAUAUUAUCUGAGCAGGAGUCCAUCUCUGUCCAAGAAGUGUCGGUGAAAGAGGCUCCUGGGUCGGUGAAGGAUAUAAAACCAAAGAAAGAACAAGCGACUUCAAUUAUUUCUCCACAUGAAUCAAUUUCCAUUCAGGAAAUAUCUGUGAAGGAAGUUCCGGCAGAUUUAAGUGACCAAACACUAAGAACUGAGAAGGCAACCAAAGUAUGGUCAGAACAGGAAUCCAUAGCUGUGCAGGAGGUGUCUGUAAAAGAGGCUCCAGGUUCGAUUGAGGAAGCAAAGCUUAAGACAGAGCAAGCAAAAUCCAUAAUAUCUCCACAUGAAUCACUUACUGUUCAAGAAGUAAUGGUUAAAGAAGCCUCCAUAGACAUCACAGACAAAAAACCAAAGACGGAAAAAGCAACAUCAAUUUUGUCUCAACAAGAAUCUAUUGCAGUUCAGGAAGUGUCUGUGAAAGAGGCUCCUGGCUCGGUGGAAGACAUAAAACCGAAGACCGGACAAGCUAUAUCAAUUCUUUCUCCACACCAGUCACUUACUGUUGAAGAAGUAACGGUGAAAGAAGCUCCAUCAGACAUAUGUGAUAGAACACCAAAGACUGAGAAGGCAACUUCAAUAUUGACAGAACAGCAAUCAAUUUCUGUUCAGGAAAUCUCUGUAAAAGAAGCUCCAGAGUCCAUGAAAGAUUCAAAGCCGAAAACAGAACAAGCAAAAUCGAUAAUUUCACCACACGAAUCACUUACUAUUCAAGAAGUAUCGGUUAAAGAAUCAUCUGGGGAUAUAAGUGAUAAAAAACCAAAAACAGAGAAGGCAAUCUCAGUGCUGUCUGAACAAGAGUCCAUUGCUGUUCAAGAGGUUUCCGUGAAAGAAGCUCCAGGAUCAAUGAAAGAUGUGAAACCAAAACAAGAACAGGCAACCUCUGUUAUUUCCGAGCAUCAGUCACUUACUGUCCAAGAGGUAACUGUGAAGGAAGCUCCGGCAGACAUAACUGAUAAAAUGCCAAAAACUGAAAAAGCAACUUCGAUUUUGUCUGAACAGGAAUCAAUUUCUGUCCAAGAAGUAUCAGUGAAAGAAUCUCCUGGGUCGAUGAAAGAUGCAAAGCCAAAGACUGAACAGGCAACAUCAACCAUUUCUCCAUUGCAAUCACUUACUGUCCAGGAAGUGUCGGUGAAAGAAGCUCCUGGAUCAAUGAAGGAUUUGAAGCUAAAAACAGAGCAAGCAAAAUCUCUCAUUUCUGAACAUCAAUCACUUACCGUGCAAGAAGUAUCGGUGAAGGAAGCUCCAACAGACAUAAGUGAUAAAAAACCGAAAACUGAGAAGGCAGUUUCCAUUUUGUCUGAGCAAGAAUCCAUUUCUGUCCAAGAAGUAUCCGUGAAGGAAGCUCCAACAGACAUAAGCGAAAAGAAACCAAAGACAGAAAAAGCAACUUCAAUUUUGUCAGAACAGGAGUCGAUUUCUGUUCAAGAAAUAUCCGUGAAGGAAGCUCCAGGUUCCAUGAAAGAUGCAAAACCAAGAACAGAACAGGCAACAUCAACCAUUUCUCCAUUGCAAUCACUUACUGUCCAGGAAGUGUCGGUGAAAGAAGCUCCUGGAUCAAUGAAGGAUUUGGAGCUAAAAACAGAGCAAGCAAAAUCUCUCAUUUCUGAACAUCAAUCACUUACCGUGCAAGAAGUAUCGGUGAAGGAAGCUCCAACAGACAUAAGCGAAAAGAAACCAAAGACAGAACAGGCAACAUCAACCAUUUCUCCAUUGGAAUCACUUACUGUCCAGGAAGUAUCUGUGAAAGAAGCUCCAACAGACAUAAGCGACAAAAAACCAAAGACAGAGAAGGCAACAUCUAUUUUGUCCGAACAGGAGUCUAUUUCUGUCCAAGAAAUAUCGGUAAAAGAAGCUCCAACAGACAUAAGCGACAAAAAACCAAAGACAGAGAAGGCAACAUCUAUUUUGUCCGAACAGGAGUCUAUUUCUGUCCAAGAAAUAUCGGUAAAAGAAGCUCCAACAGACAUAAGCGACAAAAAACCAAAGACAGAGAAGGCAACAUCUAUUUUGUCGGAACAGGAGUCUAUUUCUGUCCAAGAAAUAUCGGUGAAAGAAGCUCCAGGUUCAAUGAAAGAUGCAAAACCAAAAACCGAGCAAGCUACAUCUGUCAUAUCAGAACUUCAGUCGCUUACUGUCCAAGAAGUAUCAGUAAAGGAAACCCCAACUGAUAUAAGUGAUAAGAAACCAAAGACAGAAAAAGCAACUUCAAUUUUGUCAGAACAGGAGUCUAUUUCUGUCCAAGAAAUAUCGGUGAAGGAAGCUCCAGGUUCAAUGAAAGAUGCAAAACCAAAAACAGAACAGGCAACAUCAACCAUUUCUCCAUUGGAAUCACUUACUGUCCAGGAAGUGUCGGUGAAAGAAGCUGCGGCAGACAUAAGUGAUAAGAAACCAAAAACUGAGAAGGCAGUUUCCAUUUUGUCUGAACAAGAAUCCAUUUCUGUCCAGGAAGUGUCGGUGAAAGAAGCUCCGAUAGACAUAAGCGACAAAAAACCAAAGACAGAGAAGGCAACAUCUAUUUUGUCCGAACAGGAGUCUAUUUCUGUCCAAGAAAUAUCGGUGAAAGAAGCUCCAGGUUCAAUGAAAGAUGCAAAACCAAAAACCGAGCAAGCUACAUCUGUCAUAUCAGAACAUCAGUCGCUCACUGUCCAGGAAAUAUCGGUGAAAGAAGCACCAACAGAUCUGAGUGAGAAAAAGCCAAAGAGAGAGCAAGCCACCUCUAUUUUAUCUGAACAAGAAUCCAUUUCUGUUCAAGAGGUAUCAGUGAAAGAAUCCCCUGAGUCGAUGAAAGAUGCAAAACCAAGAACAGAACAGGCAACAUCAACCAUUUCUCCACUGCAAUCACUUACUGUCCAGGAAGUGUCGGUGAAAGAAGCUCCUGGAUCAAUGAAGGAUUUGAAGCUAAAAACAGAGCAAGCAACAUCUCUCAUUUCUGAACAUCAAUCACUUACCGUGCAAGAAGUAUCGGUGAAGGAAGCUCCAACAGACAUAAGUGAUAAAAAACCGAAAACUGAGAAGGCAGUUUCCAUUUUGUCUGAGCAAGAAUCCAUUUCUGUCCAAGAAGUAUCCGUGAAGGAAGCUCCAACAGACAUAAGCGAAAAGAAACCAAAGACAGAAAAAGCAACUUCAAUUUUGUCAGAACAGGAGUCGAUUUCUGUUCAAGAAAUAUCCGUGAAGGAAGCUCCAGGUUCCAUGAAAGAUGCAAAACCAAGAACAGAACAGGCAACAUCAACCAUUUCUCCAUUGGAAUCACUUACUGUCCAGGAAGUAUCUGUGAAAGAAGCUCCGAUAGACAUAAGCGACAAAAAACCAAAGACAGAGAAGGCAACAUCUAUUUUGUCCGAACAGGAGUCUAUUUCUGUCCAAGAAAUAUCGGUGAAAGAAGCUCCAGGUUCAAUGAAAGAUGCAAAACCAAAAACCGAGCAAGCUACAUCUGUCAUAUCAGAACUUCAGUCGCUUACUGUCCAAGAAGUAUCAGUAAAGGAAACCCCAACUGAUAUAAGUGAUAAGAAACCAAAGACAGAAAAAGCAACUUCAAUUUUGUCAGAGCAGGAGUCUAUUUCUGUCCAAGAAAUAUCGGUGAAGGAAGCUCCAGGUUCUAUGGAACAAGCAAAACCAAAGACUGAGCAAGCCACAUCCAUUAUAUCUCCUCACGAAUCGGUAACAGUUGAAGAGAUAGCUGUCAAGGAAAUUCCAACAGACAUAAGUGAUAAAAGGCCCAAAACAGAGCAAGCAACCUCAGUAUUUUCGCCUCAGGAAUCUAUUUCCGUCCAAGAGGUGUCGGUAAGAGAGGCAACUGGAUCAAUGAAAGAUGCAAAACCAAAAACAGAACAGGCAACAUCUAUAAUCUCUGCACAUGAAUCACUUACUGUUCAAGAAAUAACAGCAAAGGAAGCUCCUGAAGAUAUUAAGGAUUCAAAGCCUAAAACAGGGAAAGCAACAUCAAUCUUUUCUGAGCAGGAGUCCAUUUCUGUACAGGAAGUUUUGGUAAAGGAUGAACCUGGGUCCAUGAAGGAUUUGAAAUUCCAGACUGAACAAGCCUCCUCAGUUAUUUCUCCUCACCAGUCAGUUACUGUUGAAGAAGUAUCUGUGAAGGAAUCUCCAAAGGACCUAGCUGAUCAGAAACCGAAAACAGAGACUGCCAAAUCGGUUCUUUCUCCACAGGACUCCAUAUCUGUGGAAGAAAUUUCAGUUAAAGAAGCGCCUGGAGAUCUUUCGGAUUUGAGGCCAAAGACUGAAACCGCAAAACCAAUUGUGAGUCCUCAGGAAUCUGUUUCUGUUAGUGAGGUUCAGGUUGAAGGACAGACACAAGAUAUGGUUACUCCAAAGCAGAUAAGUGAAACUGCAAAGAUCAGUGUAACAAAGAAAGAUUCUCUUCAGGUUCUAGAGGUGGCUCCAGAGAUCGCACCAGACACAAUUCCAGAAACUAAAUUGAUUGAAGAUAAGGCAAAGGUUACUGUAACGGAGAAUCUCCAACGUGCAGAUCAAGAAGAUGUAAUUGUUUUGAGAGGACCUACUAAAGAAAAGAAAGUCAUCGAAGUAGUUGAGGAAUCUGAUGAAGAACAAGUUACUAAGAAAGUGGAAGAAGAAGUAGAAGAGGAGGAGAUUGUUGAAGAAAAGGUUAAACUAAAACCAAAGAAGAAAAAGGAGAUCAAGGAAGAGGUUAUCGAGGAAGUCACAGUUGAGAAACCUGAGAAGGUUGAGGAAGUUACAGAGGAAGUGACCCUCAAGAAACCCGAAGAGAAGGUUGUUGAGGAAGUUACAGAGGAAGUGACCAUUAAGAAGAAACCAAAGAAGAAACCCGAAGAGAAGGUUGUUGAGGAAGUUACUGAGGAAGUGACCAUUAAGAAGCCUGAAGAGAAGGUUGUUGAGGAAGUUACUGAGGAAGUGACCAUUAAGAAGAAACCAAAGAAGAAACCCGAAGAGAAGGUUGUUGAGGAAGUUACUGAGGAAGUGACCAUUAAGAAGCCUGAAGAGAAGGUUGUUGAGGAAGUUACUGAGGAAGUGACCAUUAAGAAGAAACCAAAGAAGAAACCCGAAGAGAAGGUUGUUGAGGAAGUUACUGAGGAAGUGACCAUUAAGAAGCCUGAAGAGAAGGUUGUUGAGGAAGUUACUGAGGAAGUGACCAUUAAGAAGCCUGAAGAGAAAGUCGUUGAGGAAGUUACUGAGGAAGUGACCAUUAAGAAGAAACCAAAGAAGAAACCCGAAGAGAAGGUUGUUGAGGAAGUUACUGAGGAAGUGACCAUUAAGAAGCCUGAAGAGAAGGUUGUUGAGGAAGUUACUGAGGAAGUGAUCAUUAAGAAGCCUGAAGAGAAGGUUGUUGAGGAAGUUACUGAGGAAGUGACCAUUAAGAAGAAACCAAAGAAGAAACCCGAAGAGAAGGUUGUUGAGGAAGUUACUGAAGAAGUAACCAUUAAGAAGCCUGAAGAGAAAGUUGUUGAGGAAGUUACUGAGGAAGUGACCAUUAAGAAGCCUGAAGAGAAAGUCGUUGAGGAAGUUACUGAGGAAGUGACCAUUAAGAAGAAACCAAAGAAGAAACCCGAAGAGAAGGUUGUUGAGGAAGUUACUGAAGAAGUGACCAUUAAGAAGCCUGAAGAGAAGGUUACUGAAGAAGUUACUGAGGAAGUGACUAUCAAGAAGAAACCAAAGAAGAAACCAGAGGAGAAGGUUGUUGAAGAAGUUACUGAGGAAGUGACCAUCAAGAAACCGGAAGAGAAAGUUGAGGAAGAAGUUACUGAGGAAGUGACCAUCAAGAAGAGACCAAAGAAGAAACCAGAGGAGAAGGUUGUUGAGGAAGUUACUGAGGAAGUGACCAUUAAGAAACCUGAAGAGAAGGUUGAGGAAGAAGUUACUGAGGAAGUGACCAUCAAGAAGAAACCAAAGAAAAAACCAGAGAAGGUUACUGAAGAAGUUACUGAGGAAGUGACUAUCAAGAAACCAAAGAAGAAACCCGAGGAGAAGGUUGUUGAGGAAGUUACUGAGGAAGUGACCAUUAAGAAACCUGAAGAGAAGGUUGAGGAAGAAGUUACUGAGGAAGUGACCAUCAAGAAGAAACCAAAGAAGAAACCAGAGAAGGUUGUUGAGGAAGUUACUGAGGAAGUGACCAUUAAGAAACCAGAAGAGAAGGUUGAGGAAGAAGUUACCGAGGAAGUGACCAUCAAGAAGAAACCAAAGAAGAAACCAGAGAAGGUUACUGAAGAAGUUACUGAGGAAGUGACUCUCAAGAAACCAAAGAAGAAAUCCGAGGAAAAGGUUGUUGAGGAAGUUACUGAGGAAGUGACCAUCAAGAAACCAAAGAAGAAACCUGAGGAGAAGGUUGUUGAGGAAGUUACUGAGGAAGUAACCAUCAAAAUGCCGGAAGAGAAGGUUGAGGAAGAAGUUACUGAGGAAGUGACCAUCAAGAAGAAACCAAAGAAGAAACCAGAGAAGGUUACUGAAGAAGUUACUGAGGAAGUGACCAUCAAGAAACCAAAGAAGAAACCCGAGGAGAAGGUUGUUGAGGAAGUUACUGAGGAAGUGACCAUUAAAAAACCAGAAGAGAAGGUUGAGGAAGAAGUUACUGAGGAAGUGACCAUCAAGAAGAAACCAAAGAAGAAACCAGAGAAGGUUACUGAAGAAGUUACUGAGGAAGUGACUAUCAAGAAACCAAAGAGGAAACCCGAGGAGAAGGUUGUUGAGGAAUUUACUGAGGAAGUGACCAUCAAGAAACCGGAAGAGAAGGUUACUGAGGAAGUUACUGAGGAAGUGACCAUCAAGAAACCAAAGAAGAAACCCGAGGAGAAGGUUGUUGAGGAAGUUACUGAGGAAGUGACCAUCAAGAAACUAAAGAAGAAACCUGAGGAGAAGGUUGUUGAGGACGUUACUGAGGAAGUGACAAUCAAGAUACCGGAAGAGAAGGUUGAGGAAGAAGUUACUGAGGAAGUGACCAUCAAGAAGAAACCAAAGAAGAAAUCAGAGAAGGUUACUGAAGAAGUUACUGAGGAAGUGACCAUCAAGAAACCAAAGAAGAAACCCGAGGAGAAGGUUGUUGAGGAAGUUACUGAGGAAGUGACCAUCAAGAAACCAAAGAAAAAACCUGAGGAGAAGGUUACCGAGGAAGUUACCGAGGAAGUGACUAUCAAGAAACCAGAAGAAAAGGUCUUUGAGGAAGUCAGUGAAGAAGUGACCAUUAAGAAGAAGCCCAAGAAGAAACCUGAAUUUAAGACUGAAGAAGUUACUGAAGAAGUAACCAUAAGGAAACCAGAAGAGGAAGUCGAAGAAACUACUGAAGAAGUUCACUUUAAGCUGAAACCUAAAAAGAAACCAGAGCCAAAGUAUGAAGAAAUUUCUGAAGAAGUAACAAUUUUGAGAAAACGCGAGGAUAAAGUAGAGGAAGUUACUGAAGAUGUCCAUAUCAAGAGACCAAAGGAGACAUCGAAGGAGAAGUUUGAGGAUGUUUCAGAAGAAAUAACAAUAAAGGAACCAGAAAUUGUAGAGCAGGUAACUGAAGAGAUGACUGAGGACGUACAGAUAAAACUAAAACCUAAGAAGAAACCUAAAGGUAAGAUAGAAGAGGUAACGGAAGAAGUGACAAUCAUAAAGACAGAGGAGCCAUUUGAAGAACCAUCUGAAGAGACUCCAGAAACUGUUCAAAUAAGGAGAAAACCCAAGAGAAAGGUUACGACCAAAGAGGAGGAUAUUACAGAAGAGGUAACAAUUCGGAAGCCGAAACCAAAGGAAGAACCUGCUGAAGAAGUAACUGAGGAAUUCAUGGUCAAGAGACCAAAGGCGAAGAAACCUGAAGAAACCCAGGAGGAUGUAUCUGAAGAGGUUACAAUCAAACAGAGAUCUCCUGAACCAACUGUAACCGAGGAGGUGACAGAGCAAGUAAGCUUUAGAAUGAAGCCUAAGAAGAAGAAACCAAUUGUGACAGAGGAAAUUAGUGAAGAGUUUACACUGAAAAAGCCUAGGGAAGAGCCAGAAGAGGAAGAACCCAAUGAAGUUAGUGAAGUUGUUACUAUAAAGAGAAAACCAAAGCCCUUCGUAAGAGAAACUCAAGAAAUAUCGGAGGAAGUUCAAAUGCAAUUAAAAGAACCUGAAGAUUUCACACACGAGGAGACAACUGAAGAUGUACAAAUAAGAAUGAAGAGGCCCAAGAAGAAGUAUUCUGUGACGGAAGAAACUGUUGAGUCUAAGAUGAUGAUCCAGGAGUCUGAUGAUGAGGAGCCAGAGAUUAUUUAUGAAGAGGUGGAGGAUGUAGUGUUUGAAAAGAAAUACAUCACUGAUGAUACUGAAGUUGCAGAGGAAAUUGUUCAGAUUAGAAGGAAGAAACCUAAGAAGCCAAUGACGGUUAGAGAUGAGGGCGAAGAAACGGUGACUAUCAAAAAGGUUAUUGAUGAAACUGACACUCGGGCAAAAUCUCCCGAGGAGAUUCAAGAGUCGUUCCGGAUGAGGCUGCCAAGGAAGAAGAAAUACAAGGUGGAGGAGGAGGAAGAGGUUGAGGUAGGUGUAAGACUCAGGAAAGAACCAACAUUCGAAGUUGGUGAAGAUGUAGAGGAGAGCUUCAGAAUAAGAGCAGUGGAGCCGGAGGAAGAAGUCGAGGAGUACGAGGACCGUGACGUUGAGGGUAAAUUCACCUUUGAUCUUCCAAAGAAGCGAAUACAGAAGCAAACCGAGGAAAUUGAAACCACCCAAAAAAUCAAGCUUCCUCCCCUACCCAAACAACCUCCCGUCUUCACCCAAGAGGACGUCCAAAUGCAUAUACAGGUUGCUGUACAGUCUCCAACAGAAGCACUGGAGAUAGCGCCGCCCUUCUCUGUCAAGCCGGGAGAUCAGCUGCGUGCAACCGCCACCUACGUGGCAGACACUACCCAGGAGAACGCUAUGCACCUGGUAGAAGGCGAGCGUGUCUAUAUUCAGGAGUCAACCAACAGCGACUGGUGGUUCGUGAGGAAACACUUGACGCUGGAACAAGGUUACGUCCCGGCCAAACUACUGGCUGAAGAAGUCUCUUACACUCACUACGUCCAGCAGAAACUUGGAGAGAAGAUCACCAAGUUGCCCGUCUUUGAUAAGCUGAAAAAGGGCCAGAAUGCUGAGCCACCGAAAAUGGUGACUAAAAUAGAGCCCCUGGCAGUGGUGGAUGGCCAAGAAGCACAGUUCGUGUGCAAGAUCCAAGGCACUCCACGACCCAACAUCACCUGGUUCAGGCAGACUGCCAUCAUCAAGCCAUCAGAAGAGUUCCAGGUGUUCUACUCCGAUGACAACACAGCAACAUUAGUAGUGAAGGAGGUGUUCCCUGAAGAUGCAGGUAUGUUUACCUGCGUGGCCAAGAACCAAGCUGGCUAUUCUUCCUGCACUGCUGAGCUAGUUGUUGAAGGCCCAAUCAGUGACCAUGGUUCUGACUCUGUGGUAGCUUCUCGUCGCAGUCUCAGCAGGGAAUCUUCUGUCUGUGAUAUUAUGGAGGGCAUUCCACCAACCUUUGCUAACAAGCCUACUGUAAAGACUGUAGAGGAGGGUGCUCAGCUAGAGAUGGACGUGAGACUAGUGGCUAUCCCAGAGCCUGAAAUUAUCUGGAAGAAGGAUGGACAGGUUGUACGUGAGUCCCAGCGUGUACGUGUUGUUAAACAAAAGGACGUUCACGCCUACCGCUCAAUCGUCAUUAUUAAGGGCGCCAAGAAGGAAGAUGAAGGCUUAUAUGAGAUCUUGGUGAAGAACCGUGAAGGAGAGGCCAAGAACCAGAUCACUCUUAAAGUAACUGCUCCAGAGGCUCCCACGUUCGAGGAGAAGUUCCAGGAUCACACGGUGGAGUCUGAGGGCACAAUACGUCUUGUGGCGAAAAUCCGCGGUGUGCCGGCGCCUGAUGUGACUUGGAGCAGCACCUUCAAGCGUGGCCUCGAGUCUUGUGUGGUGGACGAGAAUUCAGAAGUAGUCCUCGAGUGCCGCACCUCCAAGGAGAAGCAGUGUAAAUGGCUUAAGGGAAAGACAGAAAUCAAACCCAAUAAGAACGUAGCCAUUGAACAGGAAGGUCUUACUCACCGACUGGUCAUUCACUCAGCCACUACCAACGAUACCGGCAAGUACCAAUGCACCUUCGACACCCAGUCUACCUUCUGCAACCUCACCGUCAAGGGUCUUGAUGACUUCAUCGAGAAGGUUCAGGACGUGGAGGUGCAGGAGAGAGAACAAGCCGUCCUACAAGUAGAAGUCACCACUGAAAAGGCUUAUGUCACUUGGCACAAGGAUGGCGAGGAAAUUACUGAGCACCACGAGCGCUUCAAGUUAGUCUCUGAGGGUAAUAUCCGCAAGUUGGUACUGCCGAAGGCCACGCUCGCUGAUGAAGGAGAGUACACAUGCGUACUGGGUGACCAGGAAUGCACUGCUGAGCUCACCGUCAGGGAGCUGCCUGCUGAGAUAGUGAGGAAAAUGAAGGACCAAGUUGUCUCCAAGGGCAACAGGGCCACUAUGGAGGUGGAGUUGACGAAGGGUGAUGCUGUCAUCACCUGGUAUAAGGACAGUAAGGAAAUCAGAUUCUCUGACCACUAUCAGCUCUCCAUUGAUGGCAAGGUGCAGAGACUGAUGGUCUACAACUGCCAGCCUGAGGACGUCGGCACGUACAGGGCUGUGGUGGGCAGGAGUGAAUGCUCCGCCACACUCAAGGUUGAGCUUCAGGUAGAAGGGGACUUCUCGAAGAAGCUGCCAGCCCAGAUGGAUGUAAACUUCAAGACGGACGCCACCUUCGUCGUGGAGAUUACAAAGGACUAUGAAGUCAAAUGGCUGAGGAGUGGUAUAAACCUGAGUACCUCUGAAAAGUACGAGAUGAAGAAGGAGGGUAAGAAGAGGAUCCUCAUUGUUAAGUCUGUAACUCAAGCUGAUGCCUUCGAGUACUCAUGUGUCCUGGCUAACCUCAAGACCUCAUGUGUACUGAAUGUUGUCCUUAUGGAGACAGCUCCCAAGAUCCUGAAGGAGCACCAGAAGGUAGAGGUUGUGGUGACCAAGGGUAAGGGUCACACAGGCCAACUUCUAAGUACAGAACACAGUCAGAAAUUGCUGCCAACCAUAUCUGAAUUCGAGGCAUCGAUCACCAUUAGGCAGGUAGAGAACAUUGACUGUGGGGAGUACAGGGUCAAGCUAUGCAACGACUGUGGUGCUGCUUAUGCCGACUUCACCGUCAAGCUGCUAGACAAACCUUCUCAACCUGGUACGCCUGAGCCCAUGAAGGUGACCAACGACAGCGUCACCCUUCACUGGACCAUACCAAAGGAGGAUGGCGGCCGCACCAUCAUCAAUUAUGUUGUUGAGUACAUGAGUAAGAAGGAAACAACGUGGGUUGUAUUCAAUCAACAACAAAAGAUUACGGAGUCAACUACUGUCGUCACCAAACUUACCACGCAUGAGGAGUACUGCUUCAGGGUGUCUGCUGUCAAUGAAAUUGGAACAUCUGAGGCGUCUAAUGCUUCCAGAUACGUCAAGGUGUGUGAACCAGUGACUGCUGAGCCGCCGGUGGUGAAGGAGCAGCUACAGGCUGUGGUGACCGGCCUGCGCCAAGAGGUCGUCCUUCGCUGUGUUGUCACCGCCACACCUGCACCCAAGAUUGAAUGGACGAAGGAUGGAAAGCCGGUGUCUGGUAUUACACGUUAUGAGAACUUUACAGCCACCUUUACCAUCAAGGAAACAAUGGAGACUUCUGGCGGCAUGUACACAUGUCGUGCCAGUAAUGAAGCUGGCAUGGCUGAGUGCUCCGCUACUGUCGUUAUCCAAGAGGCUCCCAGAUUUGAGUACGACGAGAAACAACAGUGCCAGCGUCUAACUGUUGGAGAGAAGUGGCACGUGCCCAUCCAGGUGGUUGGUCAUCCACGACCCAAGAUUACCUGGGCCCGUAAUGAAAAGUCCCUCGUGUCUACGCCGCAUAUUGUGAUCCACAUAGACGAGUCCGAGGGAUCGACAGACAUCGCUAUCCACAAGCUGGCCCUAGAGGACUCCGCUGUUUACACUCUCACCGCAGAGAACUCCGCCGGCAGAUCACAACUUAGCUUCAACCUGCGUGUCGUCGAGCGACCAGCCGCACCUAUGGGUCCUCUUGUUGUGAGCGACGUGAGUUCUGCUUCCCUUAAUCUCACUUGGCAAGCCUCACCAUAUGACGGAGGAAUGGAGAUCACGUCCUAUUAUAUCGAGAAACUGGAGAAGUCACAAAAACAAUGGCAUAAGGUGGCCGAAGUUGGUCCAGAUGUGAGAACGUACACGGUAACCGAACUGCUGGAUGGCCACGAGUACUUCUUCAGGGUGUUUGCUCUUAAUGCCUUUGGUCUUUCUGACUCUCUGGAGGUUUCAGAGACAAUCAUUCUUAAGAGUCCCUUCGACAAACCUGGACCACCUAUUGGGCCCUUCGAUGUGAGCAACAUUACUGAGUCAUCGUUACUACUACACUGGGAUGAACCCGACUCUGAUGGCGGCUCCUCCAUCACUCACUACGUACUGGAGAAACGCGAGUCCACCAAAAAGGCCUGGUCCAAGGUCGGCCAGACGGCAUCCACUGUUACAGAAAUAGAAGUCACUGGCUUGAAAAAGGGAACAUCUUACUACUUCAGGGUAUAUGCAUAUAAUGCAGUCGGCCAAAGUCCACCGCUGCAACCGGAAGAGCCGAUCACAGCAGGCAAGAAGAUCACUCCUCCGUCCAAGCCUAACAGUCUACAAGUGAUCGACGUGACCACCAAGACCGUCACUCUCGCCUGGGCGCCUCCGACAACCACUGGAGGAGCUGACCUUAUGGGCUACGUGAUAGAGCGGCGACUAACGACAGAAAAGAAGUGGGAGAAGGUGGACACUGUCGACGCCUCCGUCACCUUGUACUGCGUGGAGAACCUGAGGGAGAAGUCCGAGUAUGAGUUCCGAGUAUUCGCCGAGAACCCUGUUGGUCUCAGUUUAGAGGCCGCCAUGACAGAACAAGUCAGGCUAAAGACUCACGCCACUCCUCCCUCACCACCAACUGCACCUCUGGAGGUGCGUCCUACUGGCCCCAACAGUCUGAUGAUUGAAUGGGGAGCGCCUGAGAGCGACGGUGGAGCGCCUCUGCUCGGCUACAUUAUUGCCAUCAGAGACAUCAAGAGAACGAUGUGGAUUGAAGUUGGUCAGGUCGGAGCCAACUUCACCAGGUUACACAUUAAGGAGCUACAGGAGGAACACGAGUACUGCGUGCGAGUGUUCGCUCGUAAUGAAGUGGGUGCUAGUGACCCAUUGGAGACCGAGGAGGCAGUCAAGGUUAUCAGACCAGCCGACUUCACGGAGUUGCCCGAGGAUGACAACGCCCCCUCGCUGUCAUACUCUACGACAGAGACCCUCUCGUGGAUGCGGGAAGCCGGCAUGGAUGCUGAUAUCUACUCGUAUGCUCGCGGUCGUCUCCUCAAUAGGGACGAGUACUUCUUCAAAGUAUGGCAUCGUGGCAUGGAGAAAUUUGACGAGAAAAAAUAAUACUUUAUAUCUUAAAUAUAUUUAUUAUAAUUUUUAAAUAUGAGUCCUUUAUUUAAAUACUGUAUUGUUGAAAAUAUACUUUUUAUUUGUUAAUUUCUGUUAAUGUAUAUUACCGAAUAUGGAGAAUACUCUCCCCAUUUAUGGACAGGUCAUGGAUUGGUGUCCACUCUCAUUCCUGUUAUGGAGAAAGCCCUUUUUUGCGAACUGAAGUUGUAUUUACUAUUUACUGAUGAACAUAAGAUUUUUCAGUGAUUCUCGACUAUGUUUACUGUUACGACUCCAGGUGUCCUCGUAUAUGAGGGGUGCCGGAGGCCGCACAUUAGAGAAGACUUGUUCGCCAUAAGGUAUUCGGUCCUGGAGGUCCCAGUGGGAACCUUUCGCUCUGGUCUUGUUUUUACAAAGUCAUCAUCAUUACCCUGAGAUGUUCACCUGUGCACAAAGUAAGAAAAGACCCGGAAGUUUCCAGCUGUGAUAUUACCUGUGGCUUAUGAUGUAAUAAUUAAAACAUUUUACUGCUGCCUUUAUAAGCCGAGAUUCCAACCCGUGGACCAAAAUCUUGUGGCUGUACAACUCUCAACGACUUUGAUAAAUGAAUCCCUAUUUUUGUGUACUGUAUAAAUACGUCAUUGUAUUGUCUGACCGCGACUCAGGAUUAUGUAUAAUCAUGAAUAUUAGUAUCUGAACGCGAAUGUUCAAAUGUCAGUGUAUCAUUACUCAAUUACACACUGUAUGACCCUUAGCUGUUUUGUUGUGAAUGUACUGUGAUAUGCGAACUUACCUAAGUCGGCUGAGUGCUUGCAUAAGGAAAUAUCUAUUGUUCUUUUUCUUGUGUUACCUUAUUUAUUUUCCAAAAAUUUUGGUUUGGUUGGCAAAUCGUAGUGGAUUUUGUAGAUCAGGUGCCAUACUGCUGCUGCUAAAACUUCCAUCAUUUUGGCCCGACUACAAGAACCACUUUGGUUUGUUGACCAGUGCCAGCAUACUAAGAAGGCCAAGUGAGAUAUGCUAUUAGCAGGUUACGAAGCUGCUGCAACUACUUCUUAUACCACCUUACUGUGACCCAGUAGCAACUCACUUGGCUGCCAUGUUAUAGGCUUGUUGUGUAGAUUGGCAAUAAACUGUUUAGAGGA